GUUGUGUAACGUCAUCAUGGCAGUCUGCUCUGUCUUUAAUAGUGACAAACUCUAUAAUGGUGAUAUGGUUGUGUUUUUGUCUUGUUAGUGGGUAAAUGCGAUUCAUGCACCCAAGGAAACUCCAUGUCGAUUUGGGGCCAUGCUAUUUCAAGUUAUUGUUUAUAAUAAAAGCGCCGAAUAAUUCUCCACCAACCAAAAUAGCACACACAGUGUUGUAAAAGUCCUCCUCGCGCUGAAUGGUGGGUAAUUAACAACGCCCCCUCCGCUGUCCUCAAUACUUUCUGUUUUGUGUACUAUACUUUAUGUCAGCUGUCCUUACUGCAGAGUUACAUGAGGCGGCUAUAGGAGGGCUAAUCCUCUGUGGUCCAGCAGCAGCUUCCACCCUGCCUCGCGCUCUUGCUGAAGGGCAAAUCGAGGUGCUCCUCUUCCCCUCGCGCGCAGCAUCCUCUGCAGGGCUCGCGACCUUUCCGCUGAGGGAUGCACGCGGAAGGAACACUCGGGUGGACGGAAAGAGGACAACCUGUUCGUCGCACCUGUGGCAGCUGUCAAAAUGUCCAGUACAAGCUGAUUAAACCUCCGGAAUUUGACUAGAAGUCCGUUUAUACCGCUAAACUUUGGAUUCUGGCGGUGAAGAAGCACUUUUUUUCUGUUUUCUGGGUCGGAGUUUUGGUCCGUCAUGAAGAAAAAACUCUGAGGAGAGGACAUGGAUUGUGCACGGAGAGUUUGGCCGGUCCUUCUUCUGAAACUCGAGCAACUCAACUCUGGAAAUGAUGCUGUAAAUCUCAGAGUUUCACACGUAAGUAUUUUUGCAAGAAUAUGCAGGAAUGAAAUAGUUAUGAAUUUAUCAAAGCGUUGUUGCUGCACUUAAAUGGCUUGUUUCUCUCUGAUUUUUCAAUGAAGAGCAUCACAACAACAUCAAUAAAAUAACUUUAAAGUUUUUUCAAGGAUAAAACCAUAUAACAGCUAUACAAAUUUACCACUGAGUACCACACAAUAGAUAUAAACAUCCUGAAGUACAUGGUUUUCAAGAUAUCAGUUUAUCAACAUUGAAAUUAUCCACUAAUGAUAAUUUAUUUUGAAAAAGUUUUUUUUUUUACUACACCCAUCACAAAUAUAAACUGAACUGUAGAGCACACUGUCCCUUGGCCCCCCUGACUGACUAAAAUGUGAUGGCUGACCCAUUACAUGUAUUGAUAAGGAAGGCUCACUUCAGUUAAUUUUUCCUCCUUUGAAGGCUUUUUAUUUUCUUCUCUGGAAAAAUAAAUAUUUUUAACGUCAGAAAGGAAUAAUAAUACUACAGCAGAAGUGAAUCAAGCAUAUCUCUCAUGAAUUCAUUACCCUGGUCAUGGUAAUAACUCCCCAGCUGUCUCAUUUUGUAGCUCUGUACCUUCUGUUUCAGCAGUCUGACUCAAUCACAUUGAAAGGUUUUUGCAACAGAAGUAGGUCAUCAGUUCAGUCUGCGCACCUAUGAUCACUUUGAGCGGCACAGACACAUAACACAGCCCACUAGCAACAAACAACAUGCACUCUAUAAACUUUCUAUGUCAUUUGUCUCUCUUGUUAAAUCUGUCUGACCUCAACUUACGCAAUUUUUUUCAUCAACAGUUUUACAUUGGAUCUUUUUUUUUGUAAAAUGGAAGCGUAUUCUCGAACCAGACAUAAAUGUUUAAAACAUAAGAUACUUUGCAGUCCAUUUCAUUAAGAGUUUAAAGAGCUCUGCAGUUUAAAACCCACGAGUCCUUAAUGAAACCAACAACUUAGGAUUUCAUAAUCAGUGUACGUCAGAGAAUAAAAUAAAUGCCUUUUUAUGAGACCCUCUGGCCUGAAAUAACCCUCUGCAUGAUUUAGACUUUGUAUCAGAGGAGCACAAAACCCAGGAUUUAGUAAAGUAACAGAAAAGCAAACAUUACAUAUUUCAGUCAAAAUCCUCCGUCCUGUAACAGAACGGCAUCUAAAAUGACUAUCCUGGUAACAGAGCGAUGAAGAUAGUUCAUCCCUGGAGAGUUUUUUUGACAUGUGCACAAACUACAGGAAAAGUGUGAGUUCAAGUACCUGCUAUCUUAGACACAGAGAUGAGAGAAUGAGAGAAUAAAUCAUUUAAAUAAAAGAAAAAAAAAAGCCAGACAGCCUGUCAGAAUAUUUUUUAAAUGCAUUUUAUAGCCCAGAGAUUGUUUUCAAAAUACAUAAAACUGUAUUUUGAGAAACUGGGAUAAAACCGGCAGGGUCCAAGAAACAAUAUUUACCAUAAGUCAGGUUUGAAAAGUCUUAAAAUGUAGAUAAACAUUAAUUUGUAAAGAUUCUGCUCUUUGAGGCUGAUAUUCCCUCAUGACUUUACCAAAUGCAUUUUUAGACAUUGGAUGUUUUCCAGAGAGAUGAACCGUCUCACCCCUAAAAUGUCUGACAAAGCUAAAAGGAGUCGGAGUGACGUGAUGUGACGUUGUGUUGGGUUGUUGUCUCUCCUGAACAAGCUGCCCUGCACAGUUUUCAGCUGCGAUUCAGUGACAGUUUAAAACAUAGAACUUAAAUGAGGGAGGCACUGUAUUUAUUAAUGUAAUUCUAAACAGAGCACCAAACAGUUCAAUCUUGCAUAAAAUCUUAAUGAUCCUUCAUUAUUGUUAAAAUAAAAAACAUGAGGUUAAUGCCACUGUAAGUUACAAAACUUUGAUAAUUUCUCUUUCUACAUAAAAUCUCAAACUGCUGUCAGUGAGGUCUUUGUUACAUUUUGGACUCUUCAAUAAUUUCUAUAUCUUAAGUUUGGACAUUUGCACUUUUAUGAGAGAAAAUUGAAAAAAAAAAUGUUAUCCCCCAAAAUUAAACUAAGGAUAAUUAUCAGAGAAAUGGAAUGAAAGAAAUACAUACCGUAUUUAAAUAUAACAAUUAACUGCACUUUAAUUCCGGCUCCAUACAUUGUUUUACUCCUAAAGGUUGCAGCAAGCAAACCCCACAUCAGCUAAGUUUUGGGAGCUCACGCUACAAAUUUCUUUUUACAGAUACAUAGACUAUAUGCUGCAGUGCCUGUUUAUUUUUUACUCUGUUUAGCUGCAACUUCACUUUUAUUGUGCUGCAUUUAUAUCGGUAUAUUUAGGUCAGCUUUUGAAGUUCACAACGUCAUUUUUUUUUUUGUUGUUGUUGUUAAAGAAGAUAUUUAAUUUGUGACAGCUUUUUAAUCAUUACCCUAAACAUCAAACAGGUGAAAAUGAAAUAUUAUACACACAGCAUUGAGAAAUACUGUACAACCCCUGUGAGCAAAAUCUUUUUUCCUUUUUUUGUUUUCUCCAACUCCAAAUCAAACUGUUGUGUUUGGCUGCUUUAUGGUGUUAUUCAUUCACCCAUAACAUUACAUCACAUGCUGUCAUCCCUUUUAAUCCUGUCAUAAAGUCUCAAAGUCAUCCCUUCUUUCUCCUGUUAAAAGCAAGAGAAAGACUUCAAAGAUGGAGCAGAUCUGCUGCUUGUUGUUUUUGUUGGCCUGUAGUUUACCCAUUACUAGAAACACCAAUCCAUUUUUUCCCGAUCCAAUCCAAGGCUGACACCAAUCCAAUACAACUGUUGAAUGAAUGAACCAUAUACCUUGCCCUGUGAGUGAAGGCAUUAGGCUUAAAAUUAGCCUUGUUAAGAAAAAGGUAACAAAUUAACACAGAUAUGAAUGUACUUAAUAUUAUUUAUUAACAAAUAACACAUUAGCACACAGCAAAAAUAAGUGAGACUUCCAUGUAUCAAAAGAAAAAUUAAUUAAAAGAAAAAAAAAGUGACUGGAUUGGAACGCUGGAUUGGCAUCAUUCAUCCGAUAUCCGAUCCAGUUAAUUUGUCAAUAUCUGAGCCGAUAUCCGAUCCAAAUAUCGGAUCUGUGCAUCCCUACCCAUUACCUGACUUUAAACACUUCAAAUACUGAUAUUAAAAAUGGCUACUAGUGUCACCAGAUAAAAGUUCAAAAUAGAGGCUGUCUGGGUGCACAUUUCCUCUUAUUGAAUUUGUCUGCUUGUCAAUCAUAAUAAGAACAAGUGUGUCACAGAGGUUUGUGUGUGUUUGUGUGUGUGGGGGUUUGUGCAUGUGUGUGCUUUCCAGUCCAUGGGUCUGCUCUACUUUUCUUUAAUUAUCAUAAUUAUUCCCACUGAUAAAGACUGAAUCACAUCUGGCUGUUACGGGAAUUAAAUUUCAUUCAGCUAAAAUACUUUUUUUUUUUUUCUCUGUGUUGUCAAAUGCUCCUCCACCAUUUCCCAGCAUGCAGAGUCAGAACACCUGAAUGCAGAUUAAAACUAUUCGUACAGAGUUUUAGGUCAUAUACAGGUCAUUGUCAGAGCCCCGUACUGAUGGACGAUUUGCCUCUCAGUAAUAUUAUUGCAUUGAACCUGUUUAUCAGCUUUGUGACGCUGCAAAUAGACCGUAACCUAUUUAUUUUGAUAGGGACUGGGAGAGUGCUGGAUUCAGCGUGUGAGACGAGCUGAUCUGAGAUCAACCUGGGCCAAAUAAGCAGAUCCAGUGAAAGCAGAUAACUAGCGUCUGGCUGGACGUGUGAAGGGAUCAAUGCAUUUCAGGACAGGAGGAGAUGGAAAAGUCUCAGAGCUUAGUCAAUCUGAAAGGGAUACAAUGGUAUUUCUAUGUGAAAAGGGGAACAUAGAAAUGUAAUCCUCUCUUUGGAAAGCAUUUUCAGUUAUUAAAAUAUCAGACUCCCUUGCUGGCUGAAAUGGGUGGGGGUGGUGGGAUUUUUUGGUGGAAAGCCUUUCAGUAAUGUCUUUAUUUAGACUGUGGCUUUAUUCUUUGAUCAGAUUACCUUUAAACUGUCUUUAGUCUUUGUUUAAUGCCAGAGGAACAAAGUUUUUGAUAAGAAAAACACAAAUCUUUGUAAAAGAGAUUUAUUUCUAAGAUUGAUAGAUGAGUGGAUUAAUUUAUUCUUCAUUUAUUUUUCAAUAAUUUGACACAAGCUGACCCACAAGCUGUUCUUUAAAAGUUUAGCAUCUCAAUCACUAAGAGGGGUCUGGCUGCAGACCUCCACUGAGAGGAACCACCUCCACUGAGAUCACCCGAGGUGACGUUUUUUUCUCACGCGCUCCAGUUUGUUUGAAGUGGUUAACCCCCUUUUGUAUUUUGUCUUUAUUGAACACAUGAAUACACAAAAUACAAGAUCCAAAGUCUAACUUUGAUUUUUAAGAGGUCUAUUAUAAGAGUGAUUUUAGAAAAAUGACCCCUGACUCCACUGCUCACCUUCGCUCUAUCAAACAUUUUUGAGUUUUUGGUUCACGGACAGCUACAUUGCUUCUCUUCUCUGUUUUUUUUUUUUCGGCAGCAGCUGAGAGCAGCUUCCACCCCAAAAAAAAAAACUAAAAACUUGAAACAAUCAACUUUCUCUGCUCAACACCAGACAGGCCAAUUAAAGGAGUAGUAGUAGUUUGUAAAUAUGUUUCAUUCAGUGCAUGAUCAGAUCAUAUAACAAAAAAUUAACUCAGAGUAAGUGUUUUAUAUAUCAUAGGGGGUGGGCCUUCUUCCAUGGAGGCUUCUUGUCUUUGGCAGCCAUGAUUGACUUGUGGGCUGGAGUGAUGUGCAGGGGAGUGUUUAAAUCUAAUAUCUGACCAUUAGAUAUCUCUAAUUUAACUGUUACUUCACACUUUAUCUUUGAACAAUCAUUAAGCAGCCCUUGCCAAGCUUUUAUGAGCUGAAGAGUUGUUUAAGAGGAAAACAGCGCUACACAUUUGUCUGCUCUUAUGAAACUCAACAGCAAAUUAAUGUAAAAGUGCCUCAAGGUUUUUUAAAGGGUAAAAAUGUGCAAGUGAAGUGGAAAAAGAGUAAAAUAGAGUAAUCACACAACUCUAGACAGGUUUAAAAAUACUAACAAAAAAAGAAAAGCAAAAAACAGGGAAACUUUAUGAUUUGGUUUACACAUCUAUCAAAAAGUGGGAGGAAGUACAUUUUAUUAAAUCCCAUGCAUUCUAUGUAAAUUAGUAACAUUAAUUAUAAAGAUUCUUUAUUGAUAUUAACCUACAUAACAGUGCCUAGAUGUUGUUCUAAUACAUUCAUUGUUAUAUGAUAGGAUUAAAUAUAAAUAGUAAACCAAAAUGUAAUUUUUCAUUUAUAAAUCCUAAUCAAAACGUACAAAAUUCAUCACUGACAUACUAAUCACCGAGAAAAAACAAUCACUUGUUUGUUUGCCUAUCAAAACACAGAGAAAUGACGGAUUUCUUUUAUCCUAUUAAAAAUAUAUCUAAAGGAAUGGGUAUUUACAACUUACACACAUAGUUUGAGAUGAAUUACAUUUAAUUUAAAAUGUAAUCAGUAAGAUCAAGUCAGUUGGUCAUUGUCACAAGUUAUGGUCAACAAAUUGAACUUGUAUCUACUUUUAAGUAUCUGGGGUUCUUGAUUGAUGACCACUUGUCUUUUAAGGCACAAAUUCAGUAUACUGUAAAGAAGCUGAAGCUUUUACUUGGAUUUUACUUUAGAAACAAGAUUUGCUUUUUUUUGAGGGUGAAACAGAAACUAGUGGAGUCAACCUUUCUUCCGAUAAAUGAUUACGGUGAUGUGUUAUACAUGAAUGCCUCUGUUCAAUGCCUUCACAUGCUGGAUAGUGUGUAUCAUGGUGCUCUGAGGUUUGUUACAAACUGUGGAGCUCUAACUCAUCAUUGUGUCUUAUACAGUAAAGUAAACUGGCCAUCUUUACAUGUGUGCUGGCUCAGCCAUUGUUGAUUUAUAAGGCUAUUGUUCAGAUGACUCCAUCUUAUUUAUCAUCCAUCUUAAUCUUGAAUAAGAGGGCCUACAGUCUCCGCUCCUAGGGCUUUUAUCAUUUUACUGUUUGUAAGGUCAAAACAGAAAUGGGGAAGAAAGCUUUUAGAUUUUCUGCUCCGAGUACAUCUUGCAAUCAGACCUUAAACUCCAAAGUCUGGUAUCUCUGAAUGUCCAUUCAAAUCCAUCAAAUCCAUUCCUUCAAAUCCAUGAUAAAUUCCAUCACAUCCAGGCUUCAGGAGUGCAAAUGUUUUAUUUGAGUGCAAAUGUUUUACUAAUCUUGUGAAUUCUUUUAACUAAUUGUGAAAAUUCAAUUAUUACUUGUAUUCUUUGUAUUCUAUAUGAUUAAUGUGAUUAUGUAUUGAAACUGUAUGUGCUGCCAUUCUUGGCCAGGUCUCUCUUCCAAAAGAGGUCUUAAAUCACAAUGGGACAAACCUGGUUAAAUAAAGUUAAUAAUAAUAAUAAUAAUAAUAAUAAUAAUAAUAAUAAUAAUAAUAAUAAUAAUAAUAAGUAAAACAAUGAAUAUAAUUUCCAAUGUCAAAUAAAACACAUGUAGUCAUAUAUGUUCUGGUUUAUCUAUACAUAUUUAUACAAAGAUACAAAAUGACAAACCCUUUAAUCUUAAGUCUUAGUCACAGAAAAAAAUGGAGUUCAACAAAUACUGAAUAAAUAACAAAAGAAACAAAAAUUAUUCACCAGAUGAUAGACAAACCUUUUUUUAUGUACCUCAUGGCAGUAAUCUCUUUAUACUGUGUACUGUUUUUGUUUAGAUAAUUCAUUGUUAAACUUCACAAAUAUGAAUACAGCAGUUUUUCCUCAUUAUAUGAACACUCAGAUAUUUGAAUUAAACUUCGCCUCCCUGAAAAGUUAUUGAUGGACUAUUUCUAUAGAGUAACAUUUUUAUGAUUAUUUUGAUUAUUAUAGAGCCCUGCUUAACCUGUUACCAUCAUGCAUCUGGAUGCCAAAACUGACACUGACCAGGCGUUCUUAGCAGGGCGUUUAAAGAUAUACAAAUAAAUAUAUUUUUUUGGUGUAGUAUUUUAAAGUUCCUACUAAUACACAUUUGUUGGCCAACUCGACUAAAAAUGUUUUGAAAUGUAACACACCACACACUUUUGCCUGAAGUGGUUUGGUUUUAGUGAAAAGUGUGGUAGCUGGCUGGCAGAUGUCCAUGCUUCGCAGUUUUCUUGAGUUCAGCUGAGGAAAACCUAUGAGUGCGAUCCCAAAUCAGUGCUUGUGCUCCUCUGGUCAGGGCUACAGCCUGUGGACUUAAUCCCUCUGACUCAGAACUACAGCUGGCCUAGUUUGAUAGAAACAGUUGGAUAACAGGAAGCUGCGGUUGGUGGUAGGGGUAAAACACAUUUAUAACAUGUUUCUGGACCUCCCUUGGUGCCAUCUUCCAAUCAGAGAGUCCGUGGCCUUCCAGCUUCUGACUUAAGCCUUUAUACAUCUCAAUCACACAAUGUUUUGAAUUAGAAAAUGUAACAGAGCCUCGGUGAUAGAGACCCAGAUACCUGUGCCCUUGGUAAACAACACAAAGUCAAUUAUAAAUUCUCGGUUUCUGAAUGGAUGUUAUUUUCAAUUUGACCUUUUACAUUAUUGGAUCAUCCUAUCAGGACAAGGUUAAACAAAACCAAUCUCAGGUUGUAAGUAGCCUUUGUGUUUAAUCUGACAUGUUGGGAAUCUAAUAAUUUUAUCUUUUCCUCCUAUAUGAAGUGACACGUGAAAAUCCUGCUUUGAAAUACUGGUGCUGUCUUGGUACCAUCUUAUCAGGUGAAAACCUGAUGAAAUCUACCCACAUAAAACAGCCAACUGGCAUAAAACAGUUUUCUGGUCUUUGGGGCUGUGCAAUAAGUUGUUAAAGUCACAUCGAAGCAAUCACCUUAUAGGUUAUUCACACAUCAGGACAUGAUUUUGGUAUUUAUUCAUAUCCACGUGAAGUACAGAUCCGGUAUUUGCUCCUCCUUCAGCUGCUUUAGCUGCAGAUGUUUACUCCUUUUUGACUUGCAUUGACUGAAUGCAAGGGCAUGAAGACAGAAAUCAUGAUGGACUCUGGAGUGAAACCAAAACAGUAAGCUGAAAGGACACAAAAUAUUCAGUCGAACAAAAUGAAAUUUAAAUUUAUUGAGUUCUGUGGUAUAAGCGACCUCUUUUGCCUUUCGAUACGGCAAUCUCAGUCAUAGGUGGAAAUAAUUCAAACUUAAUACUAAGAAAUUUCAGUGGAUAUAAUUUAUGUAUCACUGUAGUUCUCUUUUUGUCAACGAAUCCAACAACAAGCUGCCAUUGCAAUGGUGGCAUUCCCCUCAAAUAUGUGUGCUUGUAUGUGUCUGUGUGUGUGUGUGUGUGUGUGCGCGCGCGCGUAUGUGUACAUAUAUAUUUGUAGAUAAAUGUUCUAAAGAAGUGAACAACUUUCUACUUUUACCAUCACUUUCACUUUCACUGUAACUUUACUUUUUAUAAAAAUCAGGAGGAACCUUUGGAGUUCUCAUCUGCUUCAACAGCUGUGACCAACUGGUUAUCCUUACAAUAAACAGGGUUUUGCUAUAUGAAAAGCAGAUAUGAGGAGCUACUUUACAUGGAUUGCAAACUGACAAAGAAAAAUGGGUGUAAACACAAAUUGGUCAUCUAUUUUUUGUUUGUUUGUUUGUUGUUUUAUUUGUUUUUAUGCUGUCGAAUUUACUUCGUUAAUUUAUACUGUUCUGUUCAUAUAAAGUUUCUGAGUUAGAACCAAAUGCGGUAAAACCAGCUCUUGUUCAUCAAAUACGGUAGUAGUUUAUUAUAAACCCAGAAAAAUGAUGGCAUAAUUCACACUGAACAUACAAACCUUGCUCAGUCAUCUGUAACUAAUACAGGUCGUUUUGAUAAAAUUCCUCCAUCACGUCAGACCAAAACAUGCCAAGAAUAAUGACUAAAGAAUGUUAAACUAAAGAAAAAACUGGUCAACCAAAACCCUAUGAUCAUUACACAAUUAUUAAAAAGCUAAUUAGAACUGAGUAAGUAAGUGCUGUAACACUUGCACAAACUUUCUUACUCAUCACCUGGCUGUGUUAAACAUUUAAAUCUAAUUGGUUAAAACGCCAUAACUAGGGUAACCGCUUUUGGCAAAAGUGACUCCAGGGAUGACCACACAACUGCAGGUCAUAUCAAGGAAAGUCAACUGCAGAGACAAGAAGAUAAAAAAAAUGUCUUUUCUCAAAUUAGGGAAAAAAAUUGUGAUGCUAAAACACACAAGGAGCUGAGUCAAAGGGACAUCAACCAAAUUGAAGAAAACAGGCAAGGAGCAACUGCAAACUGCAACCCAGUAAGGGCUUUAGCAGUGUUACAGGACCAGUGCUGCUGAUAUUUUAUUUAUCUGCUCCUGGGAAAUGCUUGAGUUAAACUUUAUCAUGACUAAAAAUGUUCAGUUCUGAUAAUGUCACGAUUCAACAAAAACAAGGGAAGACCCAUGUGCAGAACUGAUAGUGUUUUAUAAAACAAAAGACUAUACUCGAAACAACAAAAACUUCUAACAGAAAAUUUCUAACUGGAAAAUCCAAAUCCAAUAAACCAAAAUUCCCAGGAGCAAGCAAGACAAUGAAAUGAAAAGGCACUGGGAGAACAUGAGGACAUGUGGUAGGGUUGACAAAGCAUGGGCAGCAUCGACAGGUUUGCACAUCAUGAUCCAACAAAGAAGGCGAAGACAGGGUCUAUAUACACACACUGGGUAACGAGCCAGAAAACACAAGGAGAGCCAGAUCACAGUAAAACUGGAUACACACAUGAAACAGGAACACAGAGGAACUAUUCACCAAAAAUGACACAGAAAAUACAAAAGAAGGAAAAAGCCAAAACCACAAGAAUAAAUCAUGACAGCUACAGUAAUUGUUGCCAUGGUAGCACUGCCAACCUUUACUUUUUUGACAGAGUCAAAUUCUUUCUAUCUGAAGUUUUCAUUUGGGGUAAAAAGUGGAUAUUGUACAUUGAGCAGGGGAGUCUAGUCUAACCCUGUCAGGAUUCAGUUUCCAAUAACUACUUGCCCACUAUACAUUAUCUAUUACUUAGAAAAAUGUUAGGGAGGAAUCUUAUCUGUUUACUAAUUUCUUUUAAUUUCUCUACUUACUUGUUCCUCCCUAUUUCUCCACCCUCAGCUGUAAGUAAAUUCUAGUACAGGAGAAUCAGGAUGAAAAGAUGGCAGCCAUGCUGUUACCAACGGGUCCUGUUGGCUUGCGGCGGUUCACUCGCGAAUCCUUGGCUGCGCUGGAGCAGCGGCUUGUGGAGGAGCAGGCCAAGAACGCCAAGAAUUGCCAUGACGCUCACAGGAACGCUGAGCCACAGAAACCCAGGAUCGACCUGGAGGCAGGCAAACAACUGCCACGAAUCUUCGGUGACAUCCCUACAGAGCUCAUCGGGGUGCCACUGGAGGACAUCGAUCCAUUUUACUACAAGAACCAGAGGGUGAGAGCAGAUGUGUGUGUUUGUUAAGAGGGUUAAGUAGUGGUUUGAGGUUGGAAAGAUAAAGGGCUCUAUUUUCGUGCGCGCCGGUGAGGCGGCGGAGGGCGGCGAGCCCCGCGCAGUUGUAUUUUCGUCUGGCGGAGCCCAGCGUAAGGCCAAUUUGGUAUUUUCGUGGCAUGAGCCGCACAGAGGCGAGCCGAGAUCCGCCAAGCUGGGCGUGGUGGUGUGGCAGGGGGAGGUGUCGACAGAAUCAGCUGGCGCAGUGACAUUUUCGUGCUCGCCAACGGCGUGUAAAGUGCGCUGAAAGCUCGCCGAUUCAAACCUGGUCAGCUUUCAGCGCAAGGCGGAAUGCAGCUGGUCUAGUAGUAUUUUGGUAGACCGUCGGGGUAUCGACAUAUGUCACUGAUGCCUCACCGGCAGGUUUCCACAGUGUCAGGCACAUUUCAGUGCAAUAAAUAAUCAUCAUCAACUAUUAAUCUGAGUCAGCACAUACAUUUAGAUCUAUAUCGAUAUAUUCUGAUCUAUAUGUGAUCUGAUGAGCGCGUUUGGCACGCGUUUGGACACACAACCUGACCGAAUCAACACAGCUGAAACCGCAUCAAAUUAAAUUAAAUAUCUAGUAAAUAAACACACAUGAUGAAGUUAACUAGAUAUGUAAUUCGUCUCCCUCCUUUUCUUUCUUCCUCUUAUUUCUCGCACAGCUCGACCUGGACACGCCUCCGUGUCCUCUGUCUGUCUUGCUGCUGCUGCAGCUGAACAGAUGAUUUGUUUCAGUGCUCAGAUGCGUUAUCUACUUUAAGCCGACAUACGGAUAUUAUAAUAUUCAGUUUUGUGAGCCAAAUUUAUUUUAUAUGCCAACAUCUAUGAAAGAAAGAGCCAGGCCACGGAGCGCGAUGCGUCAUUUACGCACAGAUGGUUCCGAUUUUAAUGCCAUUUUUGGAGUUUAUGUUGUGAUCUGUGCGCUCAACCCACCUUUGUCACGUGAGGUUUGAAUAUGAGCAACUUUAUGUGAGUGUCUUUAUUUGUGGAAAAGGGUGUUUGUCUUACCAGUGGGUCCAACAUUACGCACACUAAAUCCAUCUGUGCUCAUAUGAGAGAGUGUGGAGGACACAUGUUGAGGAGCUGCCCUCUGUCGCCAUCUUGUGGCAUUACUGUCUUAAGACAUCUCUUGAUCUCUUUGACUACUUCAUGAAAAUAGUAAUACGCCUCGCCUGUGGCAGAUUUAAAGGCAAGGAGAGGAGCCUAUGUGAUUGGUGAAAACAGGUCUCGGCUGUGUUAAACCCACUUCACGCCCUUUCUCCUCCCCGUCUACGACUUAUGGUGCUGGGAGGAGCUGAGUUAGGGAGGGGGGAUACUUACGCCGGGCUGCGCGGCUCACCAAAAUACCAAAAUGUGCUUGGGAACGCCUUGUCAGCGCGGCGGAUCUGACUGACGCUGCGCUUGCGGCACGUCUCCGGCGAGGCACCAAAAUAGAGCCCAAAGUGUUAAAUACUCUGAUUUGGUGUACCAAACUGAACAGAUGAAGUAUUAUUAUGGUGUCUUUGUUGUUAAGAUAAUUCCCUGCAGUCUAAAAAACAGACUCUAAGUCAGAUCAUUUCAGGUUGUAGAGAUUACAAAAUAAACAACUUCCUUUUACAGAAGAAAAAAGUAGAGUACAAGUCUAUUUAGUGUUUGGUAGGUGGCCCAUUGCCUGCAACCAGUUUGCUGUGACUUGCACCAUCUACCACUUCUUUAUCUACCUAUCUCAUAUCUUUACUACUCUUCAUAUUCAGGACUGCAGGGGGGCUGUAGUCCCAGUUGUCAAUCUUAUAUCACAGGGCUAAUAUAUAGCAUAUACCAUUUGCACAAAUUUACACCAACAGGUAAUUAAGUGUCACCAUAAAGCUAUCAAGCAUGUCUUUGACCUGUGGAAAGAGGCCAGAGCACUCACAGAGAGCUCAUACAUGCACAGGGAGAACAUGCAAAUUCCUGCAGCUGGGGAUUUGGACCAGGAACUUUUCAGCUGUGAGGAAACACUGCUAUUCACUCCAGCACCAGGCUGCCAAAAUAGAUACUCACUAUCUUAACUAGAUAGAUAAAUAAAUAAAUGACUCCCACAGUUCUUCUCUCAAUGCAGUUUUAUGACCUUAUAUGACCUUAUCGCUUGCCAACUGUUUCUUUCUAUCCAUUUAAUUUAGGUUACAUGGGUGACUGGUCGUUCAUCAUCUGCAUUAUAGAUGUGUGAGGGAUGUUAUUACUGUCAUUACUAUUUUUCUUUAUGUCUUCCUGCAUGUUUAUUUCACAUCUGGAUUUUGAACACGAUAUGACAGUGAUCCACCUCUUUCAGCUGAGGUUUUUACUGAAUUCACCAAGUGGUGUUUUAGAGCAGCUCUUGGAGAUGAGAGGAGAGCGACCGCAUCUUUUUAGAUCUCUUGUGGACACACAAAUAGGAUUAACAAGUUUUGAUUUGCAGAGUAGAUCAGGCUGCUGCCCGUUAAUGGGCCGCUUACGGAGAGAUGAAAAAAGGACGUGGCAGUCAUUCUCAGGGUCUCUUUGUUUUGGCAUGUGAUGUGCUGCUGGAUGGGAGGAUUAACCAAAGACGAAAAAAUAUUUAAAUAAAUGCCACAUCUGUUGGGGAAAGGUUCAGCCCGCUUUGGAGUUGCCUCCAUUAUCACAACUGGCCUGGCCUGUUGCGUGUAUGUGUGUUCACUGCUUUCUUUGAGGCAGGGGAGCUUGUACUGGAGGUCAACACAGAUGUUAGACAGAGUGGUAGAGUCAACACAACGGUAACAUUAAUACCCCUCCACUGCUGCAGAGCGCUGCCAUACAGCUCCUCUGCUAAAGGAAAAAAAAGAAGAUGGGAAAAUUGGUGUUAGAAGUUUAUUCUUUCCAAAUUACUUGUAAUAAAAUGCUAACUUACAAAAUAUGGGCAAUAUGUUUUUUCUCACUAAUAAUGUUUUUUUUUUUCUCUGUUUUCUUUGCAGACUUUUGUAGUACUAAACAAAGGGAAGGUCAUCUUCAGAUUCAGCUCCACAUAUGCACUUUACAUAUUAUCUCCUUUUCACUUCCUCAGAACCAUAGCCAUAAAAAUCUUGGUUCAUUCAUAUCCUUUUUCAGCGUCAACAAGUUUUUUCUCUGCCAAUGAAGUGUAAGUUUGUGUUUGACAGAGUGGCCAAAGCUUUCCUAUUUUACUUCCAUACAUAAACAAUUCUGUUUUUUUUUUUUUUUCAGAAGUUUGUGACAGAGUAUCAGUUUUAAAAUACUGCCAUUACUUAAAAAAAAAAAAUAGCUAAGCUAAAAAAAAAAGCAAAAAAUAAGGACGUUUAGACAUUUUGAUAGUGAAUAUACGUACAAGAGGGGGCUGAUAAUCCAGCUCCCAAAAACUAUCUCAAAGUAAGGUAUAAUCGUGAAAGCACUUUGUCAAAACGAUUAAUAAACUGUGAGUCAGACUGUCUGCUUUGCACUGAAUACGGUGAAAAGUUUCCUCCAAAAACUGAGAGAUCUUUUGGCUUCAACUCCCUCCACCUUAAACUGGUGGAUAAGCCAAUUUUCUAAUAUUUACUGUUUUCCCCUGUAGGUUUCUAUUGGAUUUUUCCAUAGUCCCAUUUUUGAAACAGCUUUGUAAUGGCCCUCUCUGGCAUCGCAAAACAAAUCCCCUGAUAUCCCUCUUUUAAUCUCUGAAAUGAAAUAAGAGCAAGGAGAUUUCAAAUCAUGUGACGGCUGCCUAUUAGUUCUCAGACAGCCCAUUUGUACUUUACAUGCAGGAGGGAAUCUUUCUACUGGAUCUCAUCCGUGAUAAAGAUUACAAUCAAACAAAUAUUGAUUAGAUUAUCUCUUUAAAUUGCAUGUAAAAAUACUAAUUCCUUUUAACUGAUCGACACAGCUGCUCUGAUGAACUCUUCAUGUUGUAAAAACCGCUUUUAAAAAUCACAUUUUUAAAGAAACUGGUUUCUUUUGGAGGAUUGUUUUGCUACUAUUUUAAUGAUCUUAUCCUGGAAAGUGUAAACAUUUCAAUGACCUUCAAAUCUUUAAAUAUUCAGAGUCAACAGGGCCUUUGUUGUUGUUGUUUCAUUCAUCCAUUAAAAAAUGAUAUCACUCUCCUGAUUUGAUGUAAAAUGGAAUUAACUUACAUUUUCCAUAAUCUGCAUUUACUUAAGGUUUAAUGCCUUUAUCACGCAUAGUGAUGAUUUAUCCUAAUGGGUUCGCUGCUGUUUCAAAUGGAUUACAUAAAUAUUGUGUCAUUGUGUGAGAUACUCUGUGUCAGCUUACCAUGGAAAUAACGUAUUGACUUAAAACUGUAAAUGACUGUUUUAGAGUUCAUUUUCCUUAACCUCUGUCCUACUUUAUUCAGCCUGUUCAUAAUGUUCACUAUUCUGACCAACUGUUUCUUCAUGGCCAUGUCUGAUCCGGCACCAUGGACCAAGUACUUGGAGUAAGUGCACAGUAUUUAGUAUUAAAGCACAGGUUUUAGACAGAAAUAGAUACAGCAGCACAUGUGAUCUAAUGUUAAGUUUAAUACUGAGGUUUAUUGUUUUGUCAGUGGUGAUUGAAGAAUCGUUAACUUGUGAGUAUAUGAUGCAUGUAGUCUCACCUCAGUCAGACUUUUUAGUGGACAUUAUUAAAACAAGCAUGUGUUGUGGAAUGAAACAUAACUAUUUCAUCUUCAGAAAACAGAUUGUUGUACAAAAUAGAGAAGCUAAGUUGUCAUCAGCAUUUGUUCACAGGUGUUUUGAGCAUGCAGCAUGUUAAAACACGUUUGGUUUAUCGGUACCAUUAAUGUGGCAUCAUAAAUUCCUACAUGUUCAAUUGAAAAUAAGAAAUGGUUUAGAUGGUGUAGUGAGUUAGCUGAUAAGACCGAUAGCACUUUCUAUUUUUGUGAUAACAGCAAAUCAACAACUGCAACUUGAUUAGCGAAGCAUAGCCCAAUGAUAGAAAACAUGGGGAGUUAUUAGCCUGGUUACGUGUCAGCAAAGGUAAACUGAGGCUUAGUGCAGCAAACACAGUCUUAUUUGAACACUCCAGUCUGGCAAAAAUGACAUUUAUUGACUGCGAUGAAGGCCUUAGUGUAAUAUUGACCUGGAUAGGCUCUUUAAAUUUUAGCAUGGUGGUAUUUUCAAAUAUGUAAAACUCAUAGAAACAGAGCACACAUUAUACGUGUUAAUUUAGAAUUUUUAGCCAUGUGAUACAAUACUGAGUGGACAUGAAUGUCAAUUUAACUAUUGGCCCAUGUAUUCAAUUCUGGACUGAGAGUUUGUACAUUACUCAUUCUUUUAUUCCACUCAUUUGCUUUUCAUCCGCAUAGAUGUGUUUACAUUCAUUGUGAGCUUUGUGAUCUUGUACAACCCCCCAAAACAGUCAGGAUGCUGCGUAACAUGUUCACCAGAAACAAAGCCAGAUGGUUUGCAAACCAUUUAAAGCCUAUUUUAAAUAGAAAAUAAUGCAGAGACAACAUUAACUAUUAAAACUGAAAAAAGUUGUUUGAAAAAUAUUGGAGCAGGGUCAACAAAACACUGUAAAUGUGUGUAGAUCUAGAGAAAAAAAAACUGGAGGAACAUCUUUCGACAUACUAAAUUUAUUUACCACAGGUUAGUAACACGAGUGGGUUUCAAAUGGGCACUCAAAAGAGGCAGAGUCUCUCUAAAGAAAGACAGAGGAGGAAGAGAUUGAGAAACCAUGGGAGUAAAUAGUUCAGCAAUUUCAGAAUAAUGUCCCUGAGUGAAAAAAAUCAAAGAAUUUAGAGAUUUCCUCAUCUGUACAAAGAUUUCUUAGAGAGUCUUGAGAAAUUUUUGUACAAAAAGGGAAAGACCCAAAACCAAUUCUGGAAGGAUGUGAUCUUCUGGCUCCCAGUCUCUGCAGUGGAAGUCACUGCACUUCUAUUUACCUGAGCCCAUUUGAGAUGGACUGAGAAAAUAUGGAAAACUUUGCUGUGGUCUGACAUUAAAAAAUGUUCUUUCUUUUUGGAAAUCAUGGACACCACAUCCUCUCCUUUAAGGAGGGGAGGGACCACCCUGCUCUUUAUCAAUGCACAGUUCAAAAGCCAGCAUCCAUGGUAUGAAUGGGAAGACACCAUUACUACUGAAAUGAUAAAUACAGGUUACUUUUAAAAACUUCUGAAACUAGUCUCUUUGGUUCCUAAACUUUAACCGACAGUUGUUCAAAGAAGAGUUGUAAUAAAAUAAUGACAAAGCACCCCUGCCCCAGCUGCUUUCAAAAAUGUCCCUGGCAUCAAAUUUAAGAUGAGCAUCUGUUUUUCAUAUGACAACAACAUGUUUCAGUUUCAAAACUUUACUUAUUGUCUUUGCACUAUUUUCAAUUAACUGUGCUACAGAUGAUUCAUCAACUUUCGAUACUGUUAAGUCUAACUCUUGUAGAACUGGGGUUGUACAUCUUUCUGAGCUAACACAGCUAACAGGGUUUUCUCCUCAUCUCAGGUAUACUUUCACUGGCAUCUACACUUUCGAGUCUGCGAUAAAGAUAUUUGCAAGAGGAUUUUGUAUAGUACCGUUCACCUUCUUGAGAGAUCCAUGGAACUGGUUGGACUUCUCGGUUAUUGUCAUGGCGUAAGUAACAAUAUCAUUUACAUACACACUGACAAUCCCUCUCGCCCUUACAUUAAGCUAAUGUGUGAGAGGAAACUACCAGAGAGAUGUAAAUUAAACCGUGUCUUCACAUGUUCAGUGGGAAAGUUUUUCUGCAGACUUUGGUGAGGGGCAGUAAGUGUUUCCUGAUGUCUGUAAUUUGAAGCUUUGUCAAAGGGAACAUGGUCAGUAAGUCUUUCUGAAUGGUGAUUUGAAACACCGUAAACCACAAGCUUAUUGUUGAGGUCAGAGGUAUGUGUGCCAUGACUCAAUACCCGUGAUGCAGGCAGCAGAUUAGACAGGUGACCUCUCAUUGUAUUAAAGCUGCACUGUUCAAGCCCAAUCAUGUUGAUAGGAUGUCUGCUUUGUUUGAAAACAGCCAGACAAAUCCUUUUUUCGACGUGUAGACACACCAAAAGCUGCCAUCACCUGAAAGAGUAAUUUGUUUUGAUUGAUGAUGGUUCACUCAGCUAAUUCAGAGGUAAUUUCCAUUCAUUCUAUUCUAUUUGAUUUUAACUGCUGAAGAGACUUGAAUCAGUGUUUUACAUGUUAGCAAAGACUGACAGAAAGGCCCCUUAAUUCAGUUUGCAUUUGGGGCGGAUUUUUUCUUGGGCAACAUUAAAGUCAGUCAGUUUUGAGUCCCUGUGGGUACAAGAUGUGCUCAGGUGGUCAGACUGGCUCUGGGUCCUGUGCCUGUUGUUACAGUGAAUGAAACAGAUGCGCUCAUGUGAUGUACAGCCCACCACAGUGUAAAGCAUCAUCAUACAAAUGCAUAGCAAAUCACAUUAUGCACUGGCAUCGUUGGAGGUGCGACAGGCCAAAGGCCCAGCAGAAAGACCACCUUACUGUGAUGAAUAAUGCAACAUCACAGUAGGUAAGGUACCUACACUGCGAACUGCAGGCUGCAGUGGGAGGUACUUCAUCAAAGUCAUGAAAGGGUGGGACUUGUGAUGUCAUUUGUUUUCAAAAAAGUUAGAGAUCUACACAGAGGGCUGACCAACUACAGUUGGUUUUAAGGUACAAUUUCCAAGUCUGCUGAUAUUCCCAUGAUUGGACUCGAUUCCUCUCCAUGUUUUAAAGUUUUCUCUAUGAAAUGAUCUUGGAUCAAUGCAAAAUUUUACAGAUACAGAACAUUUUAAAAGGCUCAAAGGUCAGUUUUGAGGUACAGCUUUUGUAGGUGAAUCAUCCUGAAAUUGAGGUUGUCAGUGCUGUUGACAUAAAAAAAAAUCACCACUGAACACAAGCCCUUGAAGUCACUGCAGCAUUCAAUGAGAACUAUACUUUUUUGUGACUUUAACUAUUAAAAAGUUUCAAUAAAAACUCACUCUGAUUUUAAUUUCUUUAGAAAAUCAUUAAAAAAAUUUUGAUGUAUGCCUGCUCUAUCUCCCUGCUAAGUCUCAAUAACCUCCUUUCAUGAUGUUGCAGGUAUGUGACAGAGUUUGUAGACCUGGGAAACGUCUCAGCUUUGAGAACCUUCAGAGUACUAAGAGCGCUGAAGACCAUCUCAGUCAUCCCUGGUGAGAUAUCCAAUAACUCAGAGCUCUGACCAUGUGUCUCUGUCUCCCUACUUUUCCUACAUCAGUUAAAACACAACUCUGUUUGUGUUUGUGUGUUUCUAACACUACUGACGUUUCAUCUCCUCUCUUUCUUAAAGGUCUGAAAACGAUUGUUGGGGCUUUGAUCCAGUCUGUGAAGAAGCUGGCGGACGUGAUGAUCCUAACAGUCUUCUGUCUGAGCGUGUUCGCCCUUAUCGGGCUGCAGCUUUUCAUGGGACUGCUCCGACAGAAGUGCAUCCGCAGCCUCUCACACUGUAUCAACGCCUCCUACAGCGCCAAUGCAUCAUUCAUCUGCAACAACAGGACCUGGAGCUCUAGGGCCGACUUUCUCAACAACGAAGGUCAGCCAAACAUGGAAAAAAAAUUCACCCAUGUGCAGUGAUCUGACUGUUUCUUUGUUUACAUUAAAAAUCUCCUGUUUCCCCUUUCCUCUAGAUAAUUUUUACAAAGUUGAAGGAGCAAAGGAUGCCUUAAUAUGUGGCUAUGGAAGUGAUGCAGGGUAAGUCAAUGUUUGCCCUAGUUUCCCUUGUUAAUCGUCUGCAGAUGAUUACAUAACACUCAAAUGUUUAACAUAAGGACUUUUCAUUCUGUGCAUGUCAUGAGCAGAAUUGGAUCCAGAAGCUUGAGCAUCAGGCUUGGUGCAAACAGUUUUUCUCAGAUUGAGAAAAUAACUGAUGCCACAAUAGAUGCUGAGCCUAAAGCCUUAUAAAUAAAAGACUUAUCAGCGUAAGGUAUAGAAAUGAUCUGGGUGGUUUAGCGUGCGAGAGGCUGUGCACAUACGACAUGUGGUAUGGAUAAUCACCCCAGUCUCACUGGAGCCUUUUGCUGAGUUACAUGGAGUUGCCAGCUGGAGAGAGAGGUUGGGUGGGUGGGAGAGGAGGGGUCGUUGGAGAUUUCAUCAUCUCAAAAGCUCCAUGACAUGAUUAGGUUGUCCGGAGCGGAUCACUUCAGAUUGUUUUUCUGUUAUUGUUAAGAGAAGAUACUGCACUGACAUCUUCAAGUGGUUCUUUCUGUUUGUGUCUUUGUGAAGUACCAGGAAAAACUCACCAUUUGAGUUUCAAACGUCAGGAGAAGACAUUCUGUCUGUGGAGUGUUGGACUUUGUUUCCAAUCAAGAGCGCAGUGUGAAACCAUCCAAAUAUUGCUACUCAGCCUAGGCGCUGAAUAAUCCUAUAAAUCCAAAUGCUUUUGAAACAAGCACAACAGGAUGAACCUGCCUAUGCCAGGCUCAGUUCAAGGGUUAUUGUGAACUAAAUACCCAUCUGUGUGGAUCCAAAAUCCUGCAGCUUCAACAAAUGACUUCCAUUAGGUGCUCCUGUGAGUGAUAACAGAUAACAGAUGAUAGAAAACAAUAAAAAUGGGGAUGAUAUUGAUAAUUAGAAAUUUUGGUAAGGCAUUUAAAAAGUCAAUAUAGAACCACAUUGUUUUUAAAUGCCUUAACAAAAUUUCUAAUUAUCAAUAUUAUCCUUUGAUGAUUCAUUACAGAGUUAUUUUAUAGGUUUUAUUUGAAUUGGUGCUCAGACCAGCAGCUAGCAAUAAUCACAGUCACAGCAGCAAUGAUACAUAACUAGAUGCUGUAUUAAACAUGCUCAAUGACUUAAAUAAUUGAUUUAAGUCCUUCAUAUGUCAAACUUGUUAGUUAUUUUAACUUCUAUUUAAUAAGCAACAGUAACGUUGUCUUCUACAAUGCCAAAAUCAUACAAGUUUCAAAGCUUCAGUGGUAUAAAAACAAAAAGAUACAAUGAUUAAACAAUCCAGAAGAAACACAUGUUUAAUGUUGUAAAAACUGUACCUGUUGGGAUGCCACUGACCCAGUGGUCUGUUCAUGUGCCCCAUGUACAGGGGUUAUGCCUGAAGUGGCCUGGAUUUACUUCCAGUCUGUGGCUCCUUUUUCUCACAGUUCUCUUUCCCUGUUUCCUACUCUGUUCACUCCCCUGUCCUCUCCAAAUAAAGGUACAAAGCCUGAAAAUAAAUCCUAAAACCCCCCAAAACAAAUGUACCUGUAACUAGCAACCAUGUCCUCUGAUCAGCUUAUGGAAGAUGCUAAACAAUAAUCCCACAUAAAUUCACCACCAUGAGACGGUAUUACGGGGGAAAAAAAUGUGAAAUUGGUUGCUCAGUUGGUAAAACAUGCUACAUUUAUACAGCAGCUUUAGUCCCUAACAUAUUGGCUGUUGGUUUUAGCCCUCUAUUACAUGUCUACAACAUUUUCAUCUGUCCUACCAGUUUUGAGUCAAAUGGCCAAAAAAGCAAAUCCUUUUGAAAACCUUUUCAGAUAAAUUCAUAUAGUUUUUGAGCCCAAAGAAUUGAUGUUUGUCAUUCAAUGGCUAAAUUAUUCGAUAUGAUAUUCAGUGGCAGGUCCCCUACCACACAAGCCACCAUCUUGUUCUGGCAAGUUAGUUAGUUAGAAACACUAGCUGCACUUGUUUUUUUCUUUUCAGAAAAAGGCCAGCACGUGAUAACAUUUCUGUAACACUGAAGAUGUUUACUGUUCAUGUGAAAGGAGACAAAUUUGUAUCAUUUCCCAGAGAGGCAUGGUAAACUAUUUUGCAUGAAUUACCCCCAAACCUCCUUUUCUGGUAACUUUUAGGUUAAUGAGAUCUUGUAUCUUAUUGCUGAUUUAGGAUAGCGUGAGUAUUUAUUUGCACAAUGUGUAACCCACCCACCCAUUGACAUUGACAUUGAAGAGUUAAAGACUACACUGUUACAGCAGUGAAAUGGGCUUGCUAGGAUCUUUCUCACUGUUUCUGGUGAGGUUCCAGGUAGCAAUAGGAAUAUAAACAUACCAUAUUGUGUUUUUGUUGUUGAUUAGACAAAUAAAGGGUUUUAAACCUAAAUUCUAAAGCCCACACAAUAUUAUUCCAUUUCAAUAUUGAUCAUUAUUUAUCAAAAGCCUUUCAAACACUGUCCUAGCCAUCCAAAACUAUACUCCCUGGGUGAGAGGGACAACGCAUAAAAAAAACCUAAAUCAAAAAGAAGCACAAAUAAAACACAGUUUUUCUGAUUUUGUUGCAGUAAUGAACCGCAUUCAAGUUUUAGAUCAAUUAUCCCUAUCUCUAGACACUUUACCCUUAAUAUAUGUUUUAAGGAUCUGUAGAUGUGAAUGCUCAAUAAAAGUGUCUUGUGAAAUUGUGACACACUGGGCUCUAUUUUCGUGUACGCUUGUGAGGCGGCGGAGGGCGGCGAGCCCCGCGCAGUUGUAUUUUCGUCUGGCGGAGCCCGGCAUACAGCCAGUUUGGUAUUUUUGUGGACUGAGGCGCACGGAGGCGAACCGAGAUCCGCCAAGCUGGGCGUGGUGGCGUGGCAGGGGGAGGUGUCGACAGAAUCAGCGGGCGCAGUGACAUUUUCGUGCUUGCCAGUGGCGUGUAAAGUGCGCUGAAAGCUCGCCGAUUCAAACCUGGUCAGCUUUCAGCGCAGGCAGAGCGCAGCUGGUCUAGUGGUAUUUUGGUAGACCGGCAGUGUAUCGGCAUACGUCACCGAUGCCUCACCGGCAGGUUUCCACAGUGUCAGGCACAUUUCAGUGCAAUAAAUAAUCAUCAACAACUAAUAAUCUGAGUCAGCACAUACAUUCAGAUCUAUAUCGAUAUAUUCUGAUCUAUAUCUGAUCUGAUGAGCGCGUUUGGCACGCGUUUUGACACACAACCUGACCGAAUCAACACAGCUGCAUUAAAUAAAAUUAAAUAUCUAGUAAAUAAACACAUAUGAUGAAGUUAACAAGAUAUCUAAUUCGUCUCCCGCCUUUUCUUUCUUCCUCUUCCUCUUAUUUCUCGCACAGCUCGACCUGGACACGUCUCUGUGUCCUCUCUCCGUCCUGCUGCAGUGGCGGCUGAACAGAUGAUUUGUUUCAGUGCUCAGAUGAGUUAUUUACUUUAAGCCGACAUACGGAUAUUAUAAUAUUCAGUUUUGUGAGGCAAAUUUAUUUUAUAUGCCAACAUUAUUUUACAUGCCACGGAGCGCGAUGCGUCAUUUACGCACAGAUGGUUCCAAUUUUAAUGCCAUUAUUGGAGUUAAUGUUGUGAUCUGUGCGCACAACCCACCUUUGUCACGUAAGGUUUGAAUAUAUGCAAAUUUAUGUGAGUGUCUUUAUUUGUGGAAAAGGGUGUUUGUCUUACCAGUGGGUCCAACAUUACACACACCAAAUCCAUCUGUGCUCAUAUGAGAGAGUGUGGAGGACGCCCAAUGCAGCGCUUACAGUGACACUUGUUGAGGAGCUGCCUUCUGUCGCCAUCUUGUGGCAUUACUGUCUUCAGACAUCUCUUGAUCUCUUUGACUACUUCAUGAAAAUAGUAAUACGCCUCGCCAGUGGCAGAUUUAAAGGCAAGGAGAGGAGCUUAUGUGAUUGGUGAAAACAGGUCUCGGCUGUGUUAAACCCACUCUCCGCCCUAUCUCCUCCCUCGCUACGACUUAAGCUGCUGGGAGGAGCUGAGUUAGGGAGGGGGGAUACUUACGCCGGGCUGCGCUGCUCACCAAAAUACCACAUUGUGCUUGGGAACGCCUUGUCGGCGCGGCGGAUCUGACUGACACUGCGCUUGCGGCACGUCUCCGGCGAGGCACGAAAAUAGAGCCCAUUGAGUCUAUUUAAGAUGUCUUGAAAUCUCAAUGUUGAAUAUUUUCUGUUGAUGUAAAACAACAUUAAACACACAACCAUGCGACUAGCUAGCAGUAGCCCUUGACUUUAAACACAGACUGAAAAUUUGACACAUGGUUUGUAUAAAGUAUUUUAUGUCAAAAUGUUUAUACUAAAUAACAAAAUGUUUAUAAUGCCAGAGGUUACUAUAAAUUAACAGACUCCAAUGAGCCUAGGUUCAUUGUGGUGAGGUUAAAAUACAGAGAAUUUUAGCUUAUGUUAAUAUGUCUCUGCUAACAGGCAAGACAAUAAACUGACUUGCCUAAGGACAUAUAAGCUCAUUUUUAAUCAUAUAUUGUGCACUUUUGAUUUAAGAGUAUCUAAAGUCUCUCUCUCUCUUUUAUUUAGCAAAAGUAUCAACACAGGGGAGGUGGUUGAACAUUUUUAUUGACUGCAGACUCUCCUGGCCUUUAAUCUCCUCCUGUGACCUCUCCUCCAUAAACAUGGGAACUUAAUCUUCCACAAGUAAAAUCAGACUCAGUGAUUCAGCAUGGAAGUUAAAGCUUCAAGUGGAUAUAUCUGAGUGCGUUCAUUGGGAAAUUACAUCAUUAUACUCUGGUAAACAGUAAGCUAGGUCAGUAAGACUUGUACCAGGUUGACCUAUCCAGCUGUCCCAGUGUUUACCUACCAGUCACACUGCAAGUGGAUUGUUUCAGAUUUGUUGGCUGUUUGUUUUUGUUUGUGCCUUUGGUGGAGCUGUAACAGUGCACUGAGAUCGACCUUUAGGUUAAUUCACUUUUAAUCUGUUUUCUUUUUCUUUGUUGGUGCGAUUAUGGCUAAUUGGACAUGUUGAUGUAAAGGGAGGAGUCAGGCAGUUUGUCUCCCUGAGGUUUGAUUUUGCUCUGUCAUCACUAAGGAUUUGGUUAUUAUUGAUUUUUUCUUUUCUUUUUUGUCAGGUAAAUGUCAACAACGAGACAAAAUGAUGCAGGUUUAUGAUAGAUUUGUCUUGUUAAAGUUAAAAUAAACAUGGAGGCUCAUGUGUCUGUUGUGCCUUUUAGCUUCAGUGAGAAUUUAGAGGAAAACUUUCUGAGGCUGGCUGUGGAGACGAGCAAGAUAUUAAGCAGGUCAGGAUGGAGGACGUAAAACAUAGAGGAUGCUUAAUCUUUUGAGUGUAUUCCAACAAGUAAUCCCUGAGUAGAUUUCCAAAUUAAAGCUUUGGAUACGUUAUGAUGGCACACAGACACACACAUGCAUGCACACAAACACACACUGACACAAGUGGGCACACAUGCACACGCAUUUUCACAUGAUAUUUUCAGCCUGGAUGGUUAACAAGUUUGUGAUAAAUGAUUUGCUCAAAGGACCAAGCUGUUUCUCAUCGCGCCUACUGUUGAGUUCAGGCAAACGCUUAUCCCCUUGCAUCUUAAAGCCACUGUGCAUCAAGGAUUAGGACUUUCAACAACUGCCCUUGACUGCACUGCUGCAGGCAUGGACACCCACAACAAGCCAGACAGAGAGCAAACACUUUGCUGCAGUUGGCAGAUGUUUCUCUGUUGUCUUGUCAAAAAAAAGCUGCAGAAAAUCAAUGUUUUACUCUCUAAGUAUAAGGUCAUCAUGUCUUCAUUACAAAGGUAUAAAAAACAAAAUGUUACACACAUGCAAUCAUGAAAAGGGCAUGAGAGAGCAAUCCAUUAACACUGCAAUAAAAAAUUAUAUUUUUAGAUAACACAACUUUGUGAUUGAAAAUGUUUAAAUGUAAAUACUACACUUGAGUUGGCAAAGUUCUUAAAUGUUUCUUCAAACCUGAAAGUUUUGGUUCUGUCGCUUAGUGUUUCUUAUUGAAUUUUGCCACUUUAACUCUCUCUUAGACACAAAGACAACCUUCAGCAGCCGUGCUUCACGCUAAGGAGGCUGAUCAGGUCCCUAAGCGAGAGCAUGUGGUCUGCAGCUCCCCUUGAGGAGCUUUAACUCCUGAAGAUAAAACCUCUGCAGGGGCUGUCUCUGGGGCAGUCACUAUGGAAACCUGAGUGGUAGUCACUCUAAAGGGGCCUUGUUUUUACAGCAGCAUCUAACACUCAUAUAUUUGUUUAAGUGACAGCAUCAGCCAGCAGUGUGACAGCAAGCAGCAGCUACAUCAGACAUGUAGGAGUCAAUUUAAGGGCAUGGUGGCACACUCACUUGCUGUGAGAGGUUCAUUUAUUCAGCUUCAUAUGUUGUUAUUAGAUUAUUAAUUUGAGAAAAAAUCCUUAUUUGUUUUCCUUCAGUCAUAUUACUUUCAGGAAAUUGCCAUGAUCACUUUCAGCAUGUCCCACUCUCUACUUCCCAUAUCUUCUCUCUUCAGCUGUUUUUGCCAGUAAAGGCCUAGAUGCCCCAAAAGAACUCUCUUUUUUUUGACUGAUUUCUUGUUUGAGUGUCAAUCAGACUGAACUGUUGUGACGAUGUCUUUAUAAUAAAUUUCUCAGUUAAUUCACCAAAUAAACUGCAACCUGCAGCAUGUAAAAACUUGAUUACCGUUCAAAGGUUCAGUGGGUAGAAAUGGGAAUAUUUAGUGAUAUUUAAGGGACAGACUCUAGGCUGAAAUGAUACCCUUUAUGAAGAGAUGGUGGCUGUCAAGUACAAAAAGCUCCUGUGAUGUGUGAUUGUCUAUUUGGUAAGACGAGCUCAUCAAAAAAGUCUUACCAGCUGGCCUUGUGUGUGUGUGUAAAUUUGUCAUAUUGAACAACAGAGAGGAUCAGGCUGGUGUUGAGUUCAGCAGCACAGCGGAGAGAAGGAACAGCCUGACAGGAAGAUGUCGCUGGCCUCACGCAGCCUCGUCUGUCCUCAUGCUGGAUAUUAGUGAGCGCUCCUGCUCAGCUGGCUGGUUGGUGAGAUCUACAGCUGUUCAUGCAGCAGCGCUCGGCUGCCCAGCUGUUUCCAGCCAUUACAAAAUUACUCUGCAGUCUGAUUGACAUGGCCGUCCAGCUUGUUCUCAGCUGCUGGACUUAAAUAUUUGCUGUAAUGCCACUGUGCUCACAAUGAAGAUCAGAGAUGGAGGCACGGAGCUGAAAAUUUGUAUUUCACAUUAUUUAUUUCAUUUGCACUGCAGUUUGAAAUCCAUCUGGCUCAGUGUAAUCCCUUUUGCUGCAGUGCUUUUGAGUGCUCCUGCCGGGUACGAAUUUCAAGUGCCCUCUUCAGUUGAAAUAAUGGUGUUGGUAGCAGAGUGUAUGUACUUACUGACUCAUCCGCUCCUCCCCACUGUGGAGUCAGAGGCCACAGACCUACAUGUAGAUACUGGAGAUGUUUUUAACUUGGCCUGCACGCUACCACUGCUGUAUCUGUCCCAGCUGCCUUUGACUUAGUAGUGCAUGGUUUUUGUUUUUUCUGUGUUGUCCCAUAUUCAUCUCUGCUCUGUCUUUGACUGUGUGUUACAGAAAGUGUCCUGAUGGAUUUGACUGCCUAAAAGUGGGGAGGAAUCCAAACUACGGCUACACCAGUUUUGAUACAUUUGGCUGGGCUUUCCUGGCCCUCUUCAGACUCAUGACACAAGACUACUGGGAGAAACUGUUUCACCAGGUGACUUUUUAUAGGUUUCAGUCAUGAGUGGGGCUGAAAAACACUUAUAUUGAGAUAUUUUUACUCUCUGGGAUGCAUUGUUAUAUAUGAAAAAAGAAUUUCUGAAGCAUGACUAGGGAUAGCUUACUCCCACAGUCUGCUGGCCUGACCUAAUAAAAAAAAUAAAGACAACUUUAUCAUCUGCAUUUGCAAGCAAAAUACAGAAAUUUAUCCUUUACUUGUAUGUGCAAACAUGGCCCUGUUAGCACUAGAAUGAGAGCUCAUUGUUUGGCGUUAAAUGGUAGUACAGUGUCACAUUGAUAGAUAUGCAGAAAGAUUCAAUUUCGCCAUUUCAUACCCACCAAAAAGUGACUGAUUAAUGGAAGACACCUCUGAUUAACAGAUAUAAAACGAGCGCACACUUAUGACGUGUGCAGAGAGAAUCACACAGAUGUACACUUGAGAUUUAAGUUUCAUUCAGCUACAAAAAUACACCCACACAGCCCACAUUUAUCAUGCUAAGUGCAUGAUGCAGUUUCUCAACAUCAAUGAAAUUAAAGAUUCUAUUUAGUUAUUUUACAUCAUACAAGAGUAUUGUGUUCUCAUUUACGUGUCAGUACAGGUGGAUGUAAAAUGAUGCAUCAAUGCAAUGAAUGAAUUAUCACACCUCUACUCAACAUACUGUGUAAACACCUGUGUACAGCAACUUGGUAAUGAGGGUGAAAACACAUUAUUUAAGUAUAGUUGGCUUUAAUUUCCAACAUCCUUAUCUAUUUGAUGAAACACUGAUUGUCCACAGUCACUCAAGUCACACAAAAUACCUGUCAUGAGACACUCUUUACCAUGACACAUACACACAUAAUCUCUACCCAUGAUGACAGGUCUCAUCCUGAAUUCACUCCUGUUGAUAUAAGAGUUUGUUCAAAGAUAUGAUUUAGAGAGGAUAAAAAAAUUGUGAGAAAAUGAGCUAAUAAAACUGAUUAAAACAGCGGGGAAAAAAAACAGAACAAAGGAGUGAAGAAAGCAGCUAGCUGUGUGUGGAGAGCAGGGCUGUGUGUGAGGGUUGGUGAGGUGAUCAUGUUAAAAUAAACUAGUUUGGGAAUCACCUCUUAAAAAGCUGAAAACAGGGUCAUAUUAAAAUAUUGAAGGUUACUCGUAUCCUUCAAAAAUAGGGUAAUGCAUCACAUCUACCUGCAGUGAAGUGUGAUUAAAAUGUGAUCAACUGUAAUUAAUGACUCAGAAAGCAUGUAAUCAGUCAUAUCCCUCAAACUCUUAACAGCACUAGUUCAAAAAAAGAGUUUGUCACAGAUGUGAACAUUAGGAGAACACGUCUAAUUCAGUGUCCUGCUUUAACACCUAUACCCUCAGACUCUGCGCUCUGCAGGGAAGACCUACAUGGUUUUCUUUGUGCUGGUUAUCUUCCUGGGCUCCUUUUACCUGGUCAACCUGAUCCUGGCUGUGGUGGCCAUGGCCUACGAGGAGCAGAAUCAGGCAACCAUCGCCGAGGCCUGGCAGAAGGAGAGGGAGUUUCAGCUGGCCAUGGAGCACCUUCGCAGAGAGCAAAGAGUGGGCAACACACACACACACACACGCACGCAGGCACACACACACACACAUCUAGCAAGAGUUUUCACACUUAGGAUAAAAUUUGAAAUAACAUUUUUCUUUCUUUGUAAAGUUGGCAGCAAAAAGACAAGCACAGGAAACAGACUCAGUGUUGUCUCCAGAGAUGUCACCGUUCUGCCUGAAAGCAGGAAGUAUUCGAAGAAGCAGCAGCAGAAGAAGAAGAUCUCACAGAACGUUGUCAGAAGAAACAGCAGAGGAAGCUGCUGAGGAGAAGUUUGACCCACUGGAUGAGCCAAUUGUACAUCACCUGAAAAAAUCCAUCAUUUACCUCACUCUUUAUCCUCUUGUAUUGGUGCUAAUGUGUCUUUUGUUUUUCUCCAGCCUCCAAUGUCUCCUCUCCCAGCUCACCCUUUGCUGGCCACACUUUCCUCUCACCCCCUCAGCACCCGCAGAGGAAGCCAAAUCAGUAUCUUCAGCUCUUUCCGGGUACGUAACAACUCUGAGGCUGAUUUUGGAGAUGAUGAGUUCAGCAUUCAUGGGGACGCUUUCAGGAGUCGUACCAACUCAACAGCAACACCCUGGAAGAGAAGGACGGGCAGUGUGCGGAGCCACUGCUCCCAAAUCUUCACCACCAACAUUAAUGGCCGACUCAACAUCUCCUUAGAUCAGAACGGAGUCACAACAACAGGACUUCAUACUCCUACCUACUUACCAGCCUACAGCAUGGAGAGGGUCAGAGAAGAUAUAGUGAGUAAAAAAGGGGAUUUUAAAACUCUGAUCAAUCUGAGUUAACAGAAAACAUGAGGAUGAAGGUCUGUAUUUAAUUUGGGGUGUUUUCUGUCUACCAGAAACCCAUGUGUACAGAAGAAACUCUUCCCAAACCUAUCCUCCAGCCCUCCCCGACUGUGACAGAUCCUCCUCCUCCAGUGACCAGAAAGAGAGGGCUGAGCUCUGUUAGCUUCCUCAGUGACGCCAUGGAGGGUGAGUCCUGAUAGCUGUUACAGCAGUUCUGGUUUAAACUUUUGGCCUCAACACUUUGCUGCAUGUGUCUUCUCCCACAUUUCCUGUAUUUUUUUUUCAGCCUGUCAAGAAAAGCAAACAAUGAAAAAGUUUUGAAGGAUAAUUUCUGGGAAAUACCCUUGUUUCACGUCUUCCUAAAAGCAACCUAACACGAUCACAAGCAUCCUUAGGUUUUUCCAAAAAACUUUUAACCAUCGGUGAGAUGGCUUAGCUCAAAGAUUGAUCUGAGACCAUUCUUAAUGUGACAACAUUCACCUUGUUAAGCCUGGCCCAGAGGAAACCAGAGCAUCAAAUUCACCCUCUUCAUCUUUGAAUUCACCCAUGAUCACACAGUCUACCAGGUGCCUGUCAGCAAGUAAGAAUGUUGUAAAUAAGUUCAAUUUUUUGAAAAUUUAUAAAGUAAACUUUUAUACUUUCAUUGGAUUAAAUUUCAUAAGAUCAUGAAAAGGAUUCAAACAACAGAAACAUCCAACUCCUGAAAAUUUUGUUCACUUACAUGCUCAACUCUCGGCUGGGACUCCUUCCCCACAGAUGUCUUGCUCAAGUAGCUGAUUGAAGAUAUUUAACUUGACUUCAAUCUAACUAAAUUUUUAUUCAAAUGUUUUAUUUUCUUUAUCUCCAGUGUAAAAAGUUUAUCAAAGGUUAACGCUGCUGAUUUUUUUUUAAUGCCAGGACAACUCUUUGACUCUUGCUGGUAUAAAACAGUGGAGCUCUUCAUGCACAGGCUUCAGGUUUUGUCCACAGUUGCAUGAGAAGAAAGACACAGAUUUAAAUUGGUUGUCAUUAUUGUUGUGUCUUUGCAGAGCUGCAGGAGUCGAGACAGAAGUGCCAUCCGUGCUGGUUAGCAUUCGCCAAGAAGUACAUGAUCUGGGACUGUUCCCCCUGGUGGCUGAAGAUUAAGGAGUGGGUGAAGUUCAUGGUCAUGGAUCCUUUCCUAGACCUUGGUAUCACCAUUUGUAUUGUGCUAAACACCCUCUUCAUGGCCCUGGAGCACUACCCCAUGACUGAGGAGUUCAACACAAUGCUGUCAGUGGGAAAUCUGGUGAGGACAUUUGCACGAUGGGGAUCAUGAUUUCCAUCAUUUUGACACAUUUUUUAGGUGUGAUCAAGUAGUGUUAGGGUAACAGUGUAGAUAGAUGAAAGUAUCUCUUUACAGAGAGUAAAGAGGACAAAAAAAGCCAUUUAAUCAGAUGACACAUUUGUAUAUUAGGCAUGUAAGAUUGAGAGUUGGCACAGGACUUUUCAUCCAGGCCUUGGACUAAUUGUGAUUAUUAUUAUUAUUAUAAUUAUUUAUUAAACACAUUCAUUUAUAAUAUUUCCAUAUCAAAAACAUUGACAUCACCCAUCAUCCACCCCCCACCCCAUUCAGAUGGCAUCCCCAUGAACACCUCAACAUAAACACCUGCUUAUGAAGUGGACAUCAGAUCACAUACAAAAACAUACAAAAAUAAUAAUAAUAAUAAUAAUAAUAAUAAUAAUGAUAAUGAUAAAUAAAUAGAUAAAAUGGACACAGACAACAAACCAAUCUGUGUUGAUCAUUGUGGUGUUAACACAAAUAUUCUGGACCUCCGGUUAUAAAAAAAAAAAAAAAAGUCCAAACAGUCAAAGAUGGGUAUUAAGAAAACCAGGACAACCGUCAAAGGUUAAGAAAUAAAGGAAAAUAAAUAGAUUAAUUAAAUCAUUAUAAAAAAACAAGGAGUCAGGCAAAAGGCAGGCUCUUGAUAUGAGCUAUGAACCGUGACCAGGUUCUGUCAUAUUUAUCCCCCAACCCGUAUACUGUAUACCUUAUUUUCUACAGUGCCAAUCCCAACUGUGAUUAUUUUUGAGAUGAGGAAAUAUUUCUGGUGAUAAAGGUGACUUGAUUAUGUGAACUAGAAUACUUUAGUCUGCAUACACGUUUUCAAGUGUGAAAACUUUCUCAAGACAAGUAAAUUGUUGCAGCAGUUUAUCAACUACCAGCUUGUCAUUGAUUUGACUGUGUGUAUGUAUGUGCAGUUUAUAUCAAAGUUUUUGCAACAAGACUUUAUGACAUUUUAAAAAAUAUUAAUUGACUUAAAGAGGGUAGGACUGUGGCCAGAGGAGGAAACAUAGUGAGAGUGGGGUGUGACAUGAAGGAAGAGAGCCGCAGGCUGGCAUUGAACCCAGUCCUAGGGCAUACCCUCUGUGUACGCAGAAAGAUCACUGAAGCAGCGACACCCCACCUCUAUGAAAUUUGGCAGGAACUUGGAUCAACAUUCAGAGAAAACCUUGAUAGAUGAAGAAAUACUUUAAAAAAAAGACAAACUUUUGUUAUCCUUUAAACAAACGGUACAGAGCUGUAUAAGUGAUGGUGUUUUCAUCGUUUGAUGUACAUCCUGUUAGCCUCUUGUUAACGCAUUCUGCUGGCUGUAUUGAUACGUAAUCAGUCAACCAAGAGACGACCCAAUAGUGAGAGUAUGUGGGGGCAUGUCACCACCUACUGUACACGAUUCUUUCAAUAACUUUUUUUUUCUCCAGUGCUUGUAAACUGUGUCAGGGACAGUAGUCCACUUAAAUCACCUCACUGAGCUUUAAUUGUUGCUUGACUUAACUGUGCAUGUAAACACUCAGAGUAUGAUCACAUGUCAUAUCAAACUAAUCCACUGAGAAGGGCCACACACACGGCCUCUGCCUGUGGAUACUGUUGCAUACUUUAAGAUCAACAUUGAGUUUGUGUAACUUAUCAAAUUGAUUCCAUAUCUGGGAAUCAGGGUGAUAGUAAUAAACCAAUUUCACAGGUUUACAUGAACAUCAGCAUUAUCCAAGAAAGCCUCCUGUCCUUUUCAAACUUCUAUCUUGUUUUCAGCACCUUGUUGCUGCUGGUCAGGUUUUUGCUACCAACUGUGUUCGCUGUAAACAUUCAAAGUUGUGCUCUCGUUGUUUGUGAUACCUGUUUGAGCAGAAAACUGCAAUCUCUUCACUCAGCAUAAUCUGGUUUUGCUCUCACCUCCACUUUUCCUCCACUCCUACCUAAACACUGCACUUGCAGGAUGAGGAUUUGGUGCAAAGACUCAGAAUUAUUAAAUACAGAACGGAAAGAGAAUUUCAGACUGUCAGGCAGCACGUUCAUAAAACUGUGUGAUCCUUUCACUUUACCGAUUCCCACUUUUGCUUGGAUAUUCUUCACAUGUGCAGAUAUGAUAGAACAAAAGUAACCAGAUAAUACUAUACUCAUGGGCUAAAUAAAACUGAUUACCGGGUAAAAAUGAAGGUGUAUUUACCCAAUUUUUUAUAAACCCAAAAUGGCCCGUAUCUGAUCAAAUAUACCAGAUUAUGCUCUUUACUCGUCUGCUUUAGUAAUAAGGUAAAUUAGGAAGAAAUUGGUUUACAGGUUUUUCCACCUCUGUGUUCCUGUGUCUUUUUCAGGUGUUCACAGGGAUCUUUACAGCAGAGAUGGUGCUCAAGCUGAUUGCUAUGGACCCCUACUAUUACUUCCAACAGGGCUGGAACAUCUUUGACGGUGUCAUAGUCUGUCUCAGCCUGAUGGAGCUGGGUCUCUCUAAUGUAGAGGGGCUGUCUGUCCUCAGAUCUUUCAGACUGGUAAUAGAAAUAUUUUACUCCCAUUUAUGGCCCUCAAGAAGAUGAUGUUAUUUUACUCUUUUCAGGGUUGCUUCAGUGUUUCUCCCCACAAAUGCAACAAAUAAAAGAUGACACAUCAGAAGCUAGUGAUGCAGGACACAUUUUUAUACUGUUGAAUAAACAAGAAGUAUUACACAACUAAAAAAACAACAACAAUCAUUUAAUCUUUCAUCCCGUUUUUUUGUGUAAAUAAUGUAGUGUGUAGAAUAAAGAAAUUAUUGUGUUGAUUGGACUGAGAAUGUUGAAUUGGCUCACCUGCCUCUGAAUUAUGAAAUCUUGUACUCUAAAACCUAAAGUCUAAUAUCAAUAUUUUUUCCAGUGAAGAAGCAGCAUCAUUCGUUUUCUUCAUCUUGUUCUUCCUUAGUUGCGGGUUUUUAAGUUGGCUAAAUCCUGGCCGACCCUCAACACUCUUAUCAAGAUCAUCGGAAACUCAGUGGGCGCUCUGGGAAACCUGACGCUGGUGCUGGCCAUCAUCGUCUUCAUCUUCGCCGUGGUAGGCAUGCAGCUGUUUGGAAAGAACUACCAGGACUAUGUGUGUAAGAUCUCCAACGAUUGCCAACUGCCUCGCUGGCACAUGAAGGACUUCUUCCACUCGUUCCUCAUCGUCUUUAGAGUGCUGUGUGGGGAGUGGAUCGAGACCAUGUGGGAUUGUAUGGAAGUGGCUGGACAGCCUCUCUGUAUCCUGGUCUUCAUGUUGGUCAUGGUCAUAGGGAACUUGGUGGUGAGUAAUGACGCAUCUCCAUAUAUUUUAGGAUUUCCUUCACCCAAACCUGAAGAGUAAACCAUGAUUUAUUUUCUUACAACAAGUAAAGAUUAGCUUAUACUGUGCAUCUCCAUUGGUGUACAAAGUUUCUUUGUUCCUUCCAGUGAGCCACUAUUUCUGGGAGUCCUACUUUAUCAUAAGUAUAAACAUGGGCAGUAAGUUUUCUUGCUUUAACCCCUUAAUACACAUACAAACUCGUAUAAUUACGCUUUAACACAUUAAAUCUGCGGCUUGGUUUGCACUGACACCUUAAUGUUGCAGGGUUGUGCAUUUGUUUUGGCAGAUAGUAAAAAAAGACAAUUGCAUCAGGCUUACCAGUGCUAAGCAUGAUGCAACUGGGUAAAGUAUCCAUCUAUUGCUAUUAACAGUAAUGGCAGUUAUAUGACAACAACGAAACUCUUCUUUAAGAACUGUUUAUGUACCUCAUUCAGCCUGCAGCUCACAGGUUUGGUUGUGCAGUGACAUUGAAUUUGCAUAGAGAGCUUAAGUCACAAGUUAAAUGUGAUAGAUACUCGUAUCAGGAUGCUGCAUUGCCCUUUGAGUGUUUGUUUCGGACUCAGAUUCAGAGUUAGUGCUUGAUCCUUUUAAAUGCUGCAGUCCUUUUCAGCUGUUACCAAGGCUGACUUGUGUUUCCCUUGUGCAAAAUCACUGUCCAUUUCUUGGUCUGUUCUUCACAUACAUGUUUAGUUUCAUCUAAAACUAUCAUCUCAUCAACAUUUGACAAUAUCUAUCAUCUGACCCUCUCUUCUCAUUUCUAUCUGCCUUGUUUAUUAAUGAGAACCAGCUUCCUACUAGUCUCUGCCAGUCACAAUUAAAACACAGUCUCUCGGCUCUGCAUGCUGUAAUAGCUUUUUCAGAAUCUAACCUGACUGAGCAGUGUAAGGUAUUAGUGAUAGCUAAAUAAAAAUAUAAAUGAUUUAUAGCUGAUGUUUUGGUUUUUCUUUCUAGUAAUAUAAGGGCUUCCCUAUGUACACUUAAAAAUAGAUUUUAUACUGUUAAAAAAAUCGCUACAAAAGGUUAAAAGUCAAAUUUACAUCCCAAAAUACAGCCAAAGAUAAGCUCGGGAAUCAGUCAAAAGAGGUUAUUGUUUUUUGGUAUACUUAUUGAAUUUGUCAACAAUCACAUAAAAACAGGUUAAUGUCAUCCUUAUCUUUUAACAGUAUAUGAAAACAGGAAGUCUGUGUUGGUAGAAAUCCAAUAGCAUGUCCAUUCAACCAUCUGAGACUGAGUUCAAAUCCUAAUGAUGACGUCAUGAGUAAUCAGGGAUUACAUUGCACCAAUGAGGAUCAGUGAUCCAUACUAUCAGGUUGGGACAUCCUCAAACAGUUGUUGGUGACUCACUGUUAUGCAUUUUUACAAACUUGGAUAUCUGUGCAAUAAUAGAAGUUUAUUACACUUUAGUAACCAUGAAGAGUGAGAGCACAUUUCUGUUACAGCAUCAUGCUAACAGUCUUGCAGAUUAGCAUUAGCAGACUUUUAAACAGAUCGUGUCUGGAUGACAUGUAAGCCAUCUGCUGUCUCCACUAAGUAUGUAUUAUCUGCACAUGCUAUUGUGCAAACUGUAUCCAUAUCACACACACGCUCCCUUUGAGACCAGCUUUGCUGCAGCACCACAUCAACCGUGCUGAGUGUUUGAUCCACUGCUAAUGAACUAAGCCUGAUGAAUGAAAACAUGAACUCUGAGGAUCGUGCUCUGAAGUGUCAUUCAGCCAUUUCAGUGGGUGUUGAAUGUCACUCAAGGUAAAGUGUUGCUUGAAUAACAUAAAGAUGUUUCUGGGGAGAAAUGAGAAAUCAGUGUUUUUGCUGUAUGUCACGCAACAGCAAGAAUAUAUGUAUCUAUUCAUUCUCCCUAUGGUGGUUUGUUGUCCAGCUGUGUCCUGUAAUCUAACAAAAGUGACUACAGAUAUAAAAACCCUGGAAGGUUAGGUGCUAAAGUAAUUUGUUAUGAUCAUUGUGCUUUUUUUUGGAUGGGGUGCCGUUUUAGUGCAGAUCCUUCAAAUUUAUAUAAUCACAUGUUAUAGUGUCUGUUGGGUGAGUAAAAUCUCUUUUUUUCCCCAUCUAAUAACAAUCAUGUUUUUUUCCUCCCUAAUCCAUUUUGAGGAUUUCUUUUCAUUUUGUUUUGCCCAGCCUUGAUGACUGGCCUUACUCGCAAUGUUAUGCAAGUCUAAACAAGAAUCAAACAUGCAUUUUUGUCUGUUACUUUGUCUGCAAAAUCAUUACACACUGGCAGAUGACCAUAAGCUACAAUUCAAUCAGUUCUGUCAGUCAGACCCUGUCAGGCAAAAAUGGAGCAAUGCUGUUCGUGAGAAGUUGUUGAUGGUUUCCAGCAUGCCUUCUGUAACCUCUGUCUUGUUUAAUCCUGUGCUCUGAAAUUUAUCCGUCUGCCAGAAAAAAGGAUACAUAUUUAUUUAUGUCUUGCCAGGAUGAUGCAUAAGUCUUUCUUCUCCAAAUAGCCUGUCAUGUUUAUUUAAAAGUACAUAUGAUUACGGUUUUCGCCUCGCCACCCUUGAUGUCAUGCGCACUAUGAUGUUCUGUUCCUGUUACCGGGUUCUGAAAUGAUACACACACUAAACGCCAUCUAUCUCAUGUCUCUUUCCUAUAGUGAAAUGUAGGAGUACACAACAAUACUGUAUAUAAAAACUAGGAGUAUCUUUUUUUAGCAUGAGUUGAACUGGCUCCAGAGUGAUCUUCACACUUGUCUUGAGUUUUUUGACCACCGUCUAUUCCCUCAAACUCUUGGAAGAGAUAAAUGAGUGGAGCAGUCAAAGGAGAAGUUGGUUGUAGUCUAAAACCUCGCCACACCAAACACCUGACAAGCCACCACUCUGGUCCUUUUUUAAAAAAUAUAUAAGUGCACAUGAUGACAGGUUGUUGUUGUGAUAUUUUGACAAUGUGAACAGCAACAUAAUGUCUUAAAACUAGUUUCUCAACCUAUCUUUUGGGCUGUGCCCAGCCACAAAUUGAAGAAAUACAACUUGUAUCUGCAGUCUUUUUCUUCUGAUCACUACUCAGAGCUCAUGUCCAUAGGUGAGGGCUGGAACGGAAAUUGAUUGGUAAAUCAAAAAUCACUUAAUCUGUUUUUUAUUUUGCUCUUGUGCUCAAUUUUUUAACUACAAAAAUUGAGUCUUUAUCAUUGUGCUUUGCAGGACAUCUGAUCCAGAAAUACCCUCAUUAGUAUUAUAGGGGGUGCGGUUUGACCUUACAGUGUAAUGUUUUUAGCUCCUUGUUGAAGACCCCAGAAACGUCUAUUCUCAACUGCAAGGAAUUUAUACAAGCAAUAAGUGGCAUUAACUCAUUCUGUGAGGACUUGGUUCAGGAACCAGAGGGUUGCAGGAUGUGUGUCCUUUUACAGACCUCACCAGGCCAAGGAGUAGUAGCUGAAAAUAUGUGCCCUGUCAAAAUGCCCUUGAGCAAGGCACCACCUCUCCAGUUCCUCAGGGUAGUUGUCUGUAUGCAUCCCUGUCAGAAUGACAUGCAAAUAAAUUGGCUAUGAUUAGUGAGCGUGUGUGUGUGUGUGUGUGUGUGUGUGUGUGUGUUUGUGCGUGUGCUGGUUUAAGGAAAACAAACCUUUGUAGGUCUCUUAGCUUGUAGCCCUGUUGUUUUGAUCUCAAAAACUGGUUUUGAUAAAGCAGGUUCAGUGUAAUAAACAUUAGUAUGUGAUGUUUGUCUACAUAUGGAGCAGAGGAGCAGGAGAAAAAAGCUGCAGCUACAACAAGACGUGGUAAUAACUCAGCCUUGUUACUUUUUCCCCGUUACGUGGCAAACAGACACAAUCUGCCUGAAUUUGGUGCCUGGUGAGGUCCAAUUCAGACCCUGUAUUUUUUUUAAAAGUUUGAAUCAGUCACAUUUUUUUGGAUAAUUUUUGUUCUUUAUUCUUCUAAAAUAUUUUGAUAAAAAAUCUGAGCAAACACACUUUAGACAAUUUGUACGAGUCUGUUCAGUUCCUGGUGAAGGAACUGAACAAUAACAACAAUGUGACAUCAAUGUACCAAAAGAAGACUUCAUAACCAAGAACCAAACUGAACCAAACAUUUUUAUACUGUUACACCCCUAUCAACCAUUAUCUUGUAAAUCACCAUCAUUUGAUUUAAACUUUAAUCAUGGUGCAUUAUAGUUCACAGUAGCUCUCCCCUGUAAUCAGGAAACACCCGAGCACUCUCUUUACAGUGGCCUCUGCAUGACUCAUCAAAUGUUGAUGGUGCUAGUAUUCUUGUGUGGAGUUUUUCAUUAAAUUUUUUGAGCUCAUUUUUUCAGUUUAUGUUCAGAACCAUUAAGCUGAUUUUUAAAAACAGUUGAAUUCUGUAGACUUAGCCUGAGACUAUGCUUUUAAGCAGUGCAGUUUUCCUGUCAACACUAGCUGAGACCAGUUAUGUUGCACCUGUCUAUUUAUCCACAUGUCCUACUUGACAUUCACCCCAAUAUUUAACAUCUAACUGUAAGACUGGUCCCUAUAAAGCUAAGUUCACCAACUAUGCCUGAAGUACCAUAAGUCCAUUCUGAACACUGCCUUUGGUUUUUGUUCCCCAUUUAGUGUCUUUUAUUGUAACACUUAUUUACAACAGACUCUGAAAAUCAACACUCCUCCUGUGGAUGAUUAUCUGAGAUCACUUUAAAUAUGAGAGCAAUUAUUUCACAAGCAUUAUUUCUUUUGUUUUAUUAAAGUUUGUUUUCAUUGUGUCACGGAGGAAGAUAAAGGUUCAUAAUGAUGAUGGUGGUACAAUACAUUAGCUGAUAGCUGCAAUCCUCUAAGCUCUGUGUUUGCUGAGUCGAGGAAAAAGCAUGUUUUUCUCUAACUUUCUAAAACUGAAGACCAGAUGACCAUUUUUUUCAAAGUUAGAGUUAUGAUUAUUUUUUGGGCUCUGUGCGAGGUUGUAAGGUUUGACAGGAGUGGCGUCAGUGUGCAAGGCCGCAGCUUUGCCAUAUCAGUAUUAAAAUCAUUUGUCUGCUGUAGCUCUGACAUCAUCACCUAUAUUUACCCCGGUGGAUUCAAAGCAGAUUACACCUCCUGACACUUCAAACUUGAUUUACACUCUUAAUAUAUCAUCAAAUGCUCAUUAACUGCCCUUUCAGCAGCACUGAGGAGCCAUAGGUGCUAAAACAGAUUACAGAGGAUGAUGCAGUUACUCUUGUUAAACAUUUCUGACUCAGACACCUUCAGUGACUGAGCUGUCUUGUCAGGGCAAAGAGCAGAUCACAACAGUGCUCCUUAUAGAGUUUAAUGGACAGAAACCUCCUCCACACAUGAUUCACGGGAAAGCUGUUUAUCCAAGGGAUUAUCCAGGAUGCUUAGGGGCGAGAAGGUCGGAGGGCAUUCAUCACUAAUCAUCUGCUCAUGCUCCCCAUCGCUGACUGGCUCAGUGGCUAAAGAUGAUCCUUAACAACUGUGCACAUCACUCAUGCACACAGGCAGCACACCCACACACACGUACACACACACACACGCUGCUGUGCUGCUCUCUAAGCUAGUAGACAGAUUACUUGGGAGGUUGAUGUUUGGAAACUUGAGUUCAGUGCAGCUCAAAAAAGCUGGAGCCAUAUGUUUCAGAGCGUAACAGGGUUGAAUAUCCUUAUGAAUCCACAAUGCAGGAUUUUCUGUUGUUGAAAAUAUAGGUGGGAUAUCAUUUCAUACAUUAGAAGCACAUAUAAUUGUAUGGGCAGGUUAAAACAUGCACUGUUUUAUAAUCAGCGAUCACUGUGAGCAUAAGCACAAUGUAAACCCUGCAGUCACUUCCACAGUAAAGGAAAUGGCUGUUUCAUCUUUGCAAUAACUUUCUUUAUUCCAAACAAAUUCAUUGUAACAUCACUUUUCUCACUUCUUCAACAGGUGCUGAAUCUUUUUCUGGCCCUGCUGCUCAGCUCCUUCAGCUCCGACAACCUCUCUGCUCCAGACGAAGACGGUGAUUUGAACAACAUCCAGAUCGCCAUUGCCCGUAUCAACGCUGGUGUCUCCUGGCUCGUCACCCACAUUGCCAACCUUUUCAACCGCAGCCUGAGGCGCCAAAAGCAGAAGGACAAAGAAGCCAGUCUGGUCGACAUAAAAAUCGGAAAUCAUGUGGAAAGUAAUGGUGGAGUAUUUGGAUGCUACGGGGAGAAGUACAUCAUCCCAGAGGAGGACAGCUACAUGACAAACCCAAACCUGACUGUUAUUGUUCCCAUCGCACCUGGAGAGUCUGAUGUGGAGUUUCUGGAAGAGGAGGAGAUUUCAGAGUCAUCAGAGGACGAAGACAACAAACCUGUGAGUUUCUGUUUGCCACAUACAGUAUCUCAACACUGCACACGAAUGCCCACAUAUAUAAUCCGUACAUGACAUAAUUAAAUGACAAUAUUGCAUUACAUUCCUCUAUAAAUAGUAGAUGAAUGAGACUCCAGACAAAUGAAUUAUCCUUUUGGGAUUCUUCUAUUGUAUAAGAACAGGUCUAGACAGUGACCUGACUUCUAUUACUUACAGUACAAAAAACUUAGGUCAAGACAAGAUAAGCUUCACUCUUUUCUCAUCUUAACCCACCAUGAGCCACUUUGCAGUAUUUAGAAAGUUAUAGUGGUUAUAGAUAGUUAUAGAUUAAUCUACUGAGACUGCAUUGGGAUAGGUAAGAGGAGAAAAAGAGACAGAAAGAAAGAAACAACAACCACCUCUUCAUCUCCUUCGGACCCAUGUAAGCAGUGCCAAUAAUAAGGGUAAAAGUAUGUGUAACACUCACAGGGAGGAACAUGGAUUUAUAUAAGUAUCUAUGUCGGCUUUGGUCAACAGGUCUUAUCCUAGCAUUCGCAGUUAUAAAAUAAGAUAGGCAUGAGUUAUCAAAGUUAAAAUAAAAUUAAAUUAAAACUGAUGUUAGCCUUUUACAAUGUUGAUCAUUAAGAAUUCUAGAUAUUGGAUUUUUGCUUGUAUCUGAUACACUGAUAUUUUCAUGGGUGAUCUUUUUAAGCUAUUAUCAGCUGAUACCUAUACUAGGCAGAUAAUGUCAUGCAUCCCUAAAAAUAACGCUGAUGACAAUAGUGAUAGAAGUUGGAAUCUUUCAGGUCCACAGCAGCCGGCAUCUGCAGCAACGGUCCAGAGAAACCUACAAAACAAAAGAGUUCAGAACUUCCAGAAACAUCUGUGGUCACUGUGACUUUGAUGAGUUAUAAGGAUCUAGAAAUUAACAACACAAAGACCAACAGAGGAGAAAGGGGAAGACAGGAGCUCAGUGUGUAAAUUCCAGCAGUCUAACCCUUUAGCAAGCUGGUCCGAGCCUGAAUCAGCUCUAACAAUAAGAUUUUAAAAAAGGACAUUUUUUAACCUUCUCUAAAAAGUAGAGAAUACCAUUUAUCUGCCUCUCAGACCCUGACUUUAAAUCUACAGCAUAAACCAUGGACUGUACUUAACUAUUUAAUAAAUAAAUGUAAAUCCAUCAUAAACAUGUCACUACAUAAGGCAGCCAUGUAUAUUAUAUUGUAAUGUACAAGGAAUAAUGGAAGUUAUUGAAAUAGAGUUGUUGUAUUUUAUCAAAUGCAUAAGCAAAAAGAACAACAACAAUAACAACACAACGUGAUGUUGGUAGUGUAUGUCAGCCAUCAGCUGACCUGCUCUACAUUGGUCGACUACCAUCUGUAACCCUAAUAUUAUUUGAAGAGAUGAGCCUCAUGCAGAUUCAAACCAUUACUGUUGUUAUGAAUACAAGAAUCAACCAUAAUGACCAAACAGGACAUACGUGUAUUGUAAAACCAAGCAUUUCGUAGAAAGGUUGAUGAGGAUUGACCAGCCAGUCAGCUUCAAUGUAGGUCAGUAUGAAGUGAAAAAAAUGGUUCUUAAGUGUCCACUUGAGGCUGGUACCAAAAGCCAGGAUUCUCCAUUAGGUCCCAUAUUAAACUGGCUUUUUUGCAGUACAAAAACACUUUUACAGCCUAGAUCAAAAAACUGUUUCGGUAUCAAUAGCUCACUUUUAUAUUCUUUACUCUAGACAGGGAGUGAAUACUUCUAUGACUCAUCCAUGUUGGUAACAAAAAGGGAGAUGAUGCAUAUGAGUGGACAAUGGGGUGUGUUGUAGCUGUUACCCAGGUGGCUUUGGGCCCUCCCCCUUGAUUCUGAUUAUAGAGGUAUUUGGCUUUAGGAAGUAUUUGCAUCCAAAACUAAGGAACUACUCUUGUGUAUUGGUUUGUUAACUUAAAGUUUAUGCUCACAUGCUGGGUUGAUCUGACUGUAUUUUCAUGUUUCCUGUCUCAUAAUUAAGCUUCUUUUUUGUAGUCACUCAUGAGGAGAAAAUGAUCAAAAUUGAAGGGGUAGCUUGUGCAUAUGUGUUUUCUGGGUAUUUAAAUCUACAGAACCAGCAGGUUGCAGGUAGCAGCAGGUGGUUUGCUGGCUCUGUGCCGCAGAUGUUUCCAGAAAAUGUUCUAGAAAGUUCUUUAAAGGCGUCAUCAGCGCUCGGUGUUUGUUGUGACUCAAGUGAAAACAUCCACCACAAGUUGCAGAGUCUAAUCAUUUUUUAAUCCUCAGAUUCUGAUUUGUUGUUGUUCAUGUCAUUUAGAUGUGUGAGUUUGGAGCUAGGGGGAGGAUCUCAGGCAGUGGUGAUGGAGGGGGUGGGCUGUGAAGGGGACGGCGAUGCGGAAGCUUUCCGGACACAUAAGCUGUUAAUCUGUCGGACAGACAAGGUGAACUCUGAUAAAGACUACUGUCCUGGUGAAACAAAUAUGUCUUAGAAAUCCAGAUGUUUGAUUUCCGUACAGCUGAGUUAUUAAGAGUGAACAUCAUGCAGUGAACAUCUGGCAAAGCCUCCUUUAAGCUGAGUUGUUUCGGAUAAUAACAAAAUAUAUUGCUCUUGACUUGCAAAAAAUAUGGAAAUGACUUUUUAAGGGAAACAUUUGUGUCUCACAUGAAGAUAUUGUUUCUUGUAAACACUGGUGAUGGAUGAAGUUGACAGGCUGUUCCUGGUAUGAGGUCCUUUAGAGCUGUGACUCGCUGUGAUUAGUUGUUGUGACACAGAGAGAGCAGAGCCGACUUAAAUAUCAACACUAGUCCUUUACUGUCGAAUCAUAGUUUGAUGGUCUUGAACUGAACAUGCUUCUUAAUGUUGCACUGACGGCAAAAGUCCUGCACUCACCCCAGAGACCUCUCCUUUAGUUAAGACUGACAAACUGGGCUGAAUAUUAGAACAUUAUUUCAUGAACUUUGGAUCAUUACAUGAGGGGCAGGUAGGUAAUAUGGAGAGUGACAAAAUGUUAGAUAAACACAGUUGUCCCUUACAAAAGUCACAUCAGUGUAGCUUAAUAUCAAAACUGGCUUCUGUCAAACGUGUUCAACUACUUUUGAACUUUCGUGUUAGCCUGUUUGAGGACAAUAUUAGACCAAACUGUAAACUCUCAGUAGUUUUAAGUAAACCUUUAGUACAACUGUAUAGAGACCACAGCUGCACAAUAUUAGAAAAGAAUGAAAGAGAAAUAUGUUUUGUCUUUGUGAUAUUUAUCAAAGAAAAACACAUUAAUGAAAUGUCCCCUGUAAAAUGUGAUGUGUUAUAUGCUUCUGCUGUAAAUAAUCAGAAAUGUUAUCUAUAAACUUGGACUUCAAAACUGUUUUCUUGACCAAAUUAGCGCCACUAUUAUUUUUACCACACGUGAUCCAGCAAUUAACCAGCAAAUCUGACAAUCGGUUUUCACUAUAUUUUAUUUUAUUUCAUUUUUAUUUGUCCCAAUCAUGUCCAAAACCAUAGUUGUCCUGUCCAAUUACAAAAUAAAAAAAAUUAUGUAAUUUGCAUUAACAUUGUUCAAUGUUAUGUUAUCAAUUAGAAGUGUAAUAAAUAAAUAGUUAUUGAAAGUGCAUAUUAGCUGUUGUAAUCUGGUUUAAACAUCUGUCUCCUGUUCUUCAUGUGUAACACAUCACCUGUAUUUGUAACAUGUUUCUCCUGAAUCCAAGUUGCAUCCCAAAUAUUUUUUUUCCCCAUUUAUCAUUGCCAAUUAGUAAGAGAUCAGCUGACAGCUGGCUAAAGCUUCAUUUCACUGCGUUAACAUGCUGUAAAGGGACAGCCAUAAUAUCCAGAUCUCCAUCUAAUACAAUAUAAUACAAUACAAGAACUUUAUUUAUCCCCAAAGGGAAAUUAAUUUGUCUGGAAUCUUAUGAAAAAGUUUUCUCUGGUAGGAAAAAAAACCUGUGUUAAUCCAAUCAGGUGGGAGGAGGGGGUGAUAUGGUGACAUAUUUUUCAGCAGAAAUACCCAUCAGCAGCCGACAAAACACAACAAAAAAUAAAACAAAAAAGAGCAAAAUUUGCAGAACAUUCAGAGAGACCCCACUUUGCUGCUCCUUGGUUAAGUGCAGGUUCUGGAAACUAAUCUAACAGUUACAAUGUAUAAAAGAGUAAGAAAACAAUAAUUAUAUACAUCACAAUUCUUUGCAAUUCAUUAAUAUUGUUGGGAGGUUUUUAUUACAAAUGCUCAUACCGGUCAGUUUGCAAGUGCAGCCUGUAGUGGAACAACCAACUGUUGUUUUCUAAUUGGUCAUUUCUAACGGGUUUGUUUUUCUGACAAUGUUAGAUAUUGUGUAACAUCUUAAACCUUGUAAGAGUGGUAUUUUCUGAGAUGGUUAACAUGGUGUUGACAUCCUACACUGUUGCAAACUAAUUCAGUACAUUUUAGGGAUGUGGCCUUCAUCAACUUUUGUAAAGGAUAACAUAUAUAAGUAAUUUAAGUCUUUCCAAUUUUAUUAUACGUGAACAAUAAAUUAAGACUGGAAAACGUGGAAGUAGCAAGCAUGACUCAACUGACAGAAAUUGAGUUUUUCAUUAUACUAUUCAUAUGAAUUGUCACCUCUCCAUCCACUUUUACAUGUCAAAAACCAGCAAGAUAAAACAACAUGUAGUGUUUUUUUUUUUCCUGGGACCACAAAUGAAUGUAUUUAUUUAUUUAUGAAAAGUUUGUUUCACUCAGUGCUUUUAGAGUUUAAGCCAACAUGGGCUUAAAACCUGAAGACAUGCUGUGGUCUUUGAAGAUGCUGAUAGGUGCAGUCCAUGACAUUUGUAGAGAGCAAGGUUUGCUGUUUACAACUUCUGUCAGCUGAAAAGUAUCAGCUGCUCAGUUUAUGUUUAUCUUGCAGGCGUUAACAAGAAUGUUAAUCUUCUAGUCCAACAUCUGAGUAGAAAAAAUUGAACUUCCAAAACACACAGAUUACUUUUUAAAAUUUCAUUAUGAUUGGCAUUAGGAUUUUAAAGCAAGAGGAACAAAUAAGAUGAAAAACAGUAAUUUAGAAAGUGGCCAUAGUGUACACAAGACCUGAUUCGCUUCUAAGAAGAAAUUUAGAUGUUUUGUCUUCAUGUCAUUUUAUGCUGCUGCAGGGUGAAUGUAAAAAGUCAUCCCUUAGGCUCUGCAGGAAAUUAUUGUCGACACUGGAGUACUGCAGUUUGUAAGCUCUAUACCUGAUUUGGCACAACUUAAAGAAUUUUGUUUCUUAAUAAAUGCCUCUGACAGGCAUGUUCAUCCAACACCCCGCUCUCUAAACUGCUGUGUGUUUAUUUAGCAGCUGUCCCUCUACCUCUGUUUCCCUUCAUCAAGCGUCCUGUUUUCACAUCUCGCUGUGCUCUCACUCCCCCUCCCUGCUCCUCCUGGAUUCCUCUGUAUCUCAUUGGUUCUGUUGAGGUGGGGGUUUGUUGAGGUGGGUGUUUGUUUGUUGAGAGGGUGUGUCUCUGCUGUCCUCUCUGGCAGGCAGACAGCAGCAGGCCAGAUGUGGAGCCAGGCCCUGCAGAACAGAUUAUACUGACACAGCUGAGCAGAUCCAGGCAGGGCCAGGCUGAGCUGAGCGGGCUGCAGUCUGGCGCUCUCUCUUCCUCUUUCCCUGCCGUGCUCUGCUCCACACCACACCAGAAUUAGGCAGCAGGGAAAAUGGAAAUGAAAAACUAACCCUCCUUCAGCCCUCCAUCAGCUUAACAGGCAUCAGCAGCUGCUCAGCGAGGAAGGAUACAUAUGUUUUACAUAUUUAGAGCCACAAAUGCACACGAAGUAAGGCAGACAUGGGUAAAUAAAAUAUGGACAUUAGAAGAAUAUGUAUUAAAAAAACAACGAGCUUUCAGCCAAAUCCCUUACUCUAUCGAUGUAAAACUGAAAAUCCUCUCCACUCUGCCUUUAAGGGACUCAGACUGGUAAUCUGGUCUCCAGGUCUUCAUGAUGUUUUUUAUGCUGGACUAGACUUCUUACUGGUUUACAGGAUUGAAGCUGCACCUCUGUCCUUCAAAUCAUGUGAAAUAUGUUGCUGUUACAACACUAGAAAAUCUCAUCAAAGUUGUAUAAAGAGAUUGAAAGGCACCUAGGUGAGCUGGCCCUGAUGGGAUUAAUACAUGCUGGAUACACAGGGGCAAAAAAGGCUGAGUCACAGGUCAGUCAGGUCAGGUGAAAAGGUUUUAACGUUAUAAGUACAUCGUAUAAAAGAUCACGCCCCAAUCAGUGAUGCCACAACAGGCUUUUAGUUGGUUCAUACACAGUCUCAAAAGUAAAUGUGGAUCAUGAAAAAGUUGGUAACAGUGAGGUGUAUUUUUUGUUUCAGGAGCAGAUCAGCCUGUCAGAGGGCAGCACAGUGGAUCUGAGGAAACCUGGAGAUGAGAUGGACAACUUUUCUGAGCUGGAAGAUGAGAGUAUGGAGCCAGAGGAGUGCUUCCCAGAAUGUGAGAACAAGACGUGAAUAUUUUUAUCUUAGCUUUGAAGAGAUCGAUUGAUAUCUGUUGUAUGUUAAAACCAAAUUACCCUGAGAAAUCUGCCUCUAUCAUUUACUGCAAAUUCACACACAUACUGUAGGUGAUUUUCAAGUCUAUAAAACAAGUGACUGUAAAAGCAGGCAGACCACUAAAGCAUUAAGUUCAUGAGCUGAAUUUGAACCCAUGACAGCUGCGUUUAACUCAGGUACUCAAGACUGUGAGGUCUCACUCUAUCUGUUAGACAGUAAUCAACUGCGUCAUUAUCCAGCCAUCAGCCGUUAAUGAAGACAGAGCUGCACAGCUUCAGUGUUAGCUACUGUGCAGCCUGCUCUUUUUUCCUCUAUAGAUAUUUCCUCUAUAAAUAUUUAAAACUCGCUCUUUGUGUUGUCUCUGAAUAUUCUUGAUAAAGUCCAGAAUUUUUUCUUCGUGUAAAAUCUCCUUUGCAAUGCAAAAAGAAAAAAAUCUACGUUAUAGUUGUGGUUGGUGCUUACAGGGGAGCUUUCUUUACACGUCAUAGUUUCUUCAUAUGUUGUGGUGUAUGAUGUUUUGGUUUUCCUCAGUUUGCAUGAGACACUGUCAGUGCUGCAACAUCGACACCACCAGUGGACUGGGUCAGGCCUGGUGGAGGCUGAGGAAGACCUGCUACCAGAUCGUGGAGCACAGUUGGUUCGAGACCUUCAUCAUCUUCAUGAUCCUGCUCAGCAGUGGAGCUCUGGUACGAUAUUGUUUGGUUUGUUGAUAGCAGCCAACAGACUACAGCAGCUGUGUUGAUCUGAGAUGUUACCAGACAAAACGUCUUUUUCUUGGUUUUAAAAACGUAGAUUUGUUCAAAGUCAUUCUUUUCUGACUGAAACACUUCAGCGUGAGUCAUCAAGGUUUCAUCAUUGCCCUCUCCAUGUCUUAAUAAAUUAUUGUAUGAUAAUAAUGGACUCUUCCUGAUGGAACAAAUAUUUACUACAGAAAGGUUAACUUCUAACAGUAGUUUACCGGCUAGCUAGCUAACUCUUCAGCUCAGUGCAGUAUCAGAAAGUGUUUAAAAGUUGAUCUUGAUGCUUCCUGUCUUUAACUGCAAAAUGAGAUGACCUAAAAGCUAAACUGACGACUCACACUGCUCGACCUGCCGUCCCUCCUCUGUUGCAGGCAUUUGAAGACAUCUACAUUGAGAAGAGAAAAGUUGUGAAGUUGGUGCUGGAGUCUGCUGAUAAGGUCUUCUCCUACAUCUUUGUUCUGGAGAUGUUCCUCAAGUGGAUCGCAUACGGCUUCAAGAAAUAUUUCACCAACUACUGGUGCUGGCUGGACUUUCUCAUAGUGGAUGUGAGUGGAUGAGUUUCAUGUUUCUGUUGUUCUCUAUAAAAGUAGGGUAUUUAGAACAAUGACAGGCUGAAAUUCCGGGGUGAAUGUUAAUCCCUCUUAUUGUAGCUGAAAGAAGCUUUUUAUUUUUGUGGGAUUAACAGCUCGGUAAGUGUCACACUACUGACAGGAAAGCACUUCACUGUUUAUUCAUGUUUUAUGGUAGUGGGCCACUUUUUGAUGGAAACUCUCUUUUUUCCCAUCACAAGCUAGUCCUAGUCAAAGACAACUCUACACAGCUCUAUAAGAAACACUCAGAUUUCUAUUACACAGUGCAGAUUUGUCAAAUUAAACAUGCUUUUAAGCCAUGAUUUGGCCAGACAAGUGGUGUGAAGUCACAAAAGCACCUGAAGCGUGCAGCCCCAGGCCUGACUUGACCUCCUCUGAUUUCACCUGCUGUUACACAGAUAUCUACAGACCGCUCUAUUUUUAGGGUAAGUCGUAGUUAGCAGGUGCAGGUGAGUAUGGGCUCUGGGAUUGAAAACAUCUGCAUCUCAAAUACUUUUGUGUUUCUUCACUCGUAAGUGCUCUCUGUUGUGAUAUCAAAAGCCACUGUCUUGUUUCUAAAUAAAUAUUCUUCUUUGGAUUUGUGCUAUAAUGCCACUUUUUUGAUAAAGUAAUUCAGGACCUUGGCUUUUAUAUCAGCUACAAAUGCAGUGCCAUGAACUCUAAGGUUUAUCUACAGAAGAUCUAGUGUUCUUAAUAAAGCGAUUUAUACUUAUUAAAAUGUUACCGAUGAGACUUUUUAGGGUUUUUUUUUUUUGUCAAUUUAGACGUGCAGUGCUUAAACUUAUGUUUGAGGUUUUAUGUCGAAUUCUCUGUCUGGGUGAUAUUUGUUCUCUCUGUUUUGACAAAGAGUAAAAUCGUGUGGAUAAUACUAUUACUUAUCCUUUAUUUUGAUCAAUCAGGAUUUCUAUUUGACUCUCUGUUAAUGUGCUCUUGUCUUUUAUUGUUUGUACUUUUUGGGGCCAAAGACUUCUCUUGUCUUGGGAAUGAAUUCUGAGUAUCUUCUUUAGAUAUAUUGGACAAACACAUGUGUAAAUAGACUUUUAUAAAGAAAUGAAGACCAAUAGGACCUUCUUGGUCCUAAAUUGUUAUGAUAAACUUAUUGGAUGAAUUGGAUGCAAAUUGGGAGAAAAUUUGGCCAAGACAGGUAUAAAUUCUUUAUAAAACUCACUCUAUUUUAUAUAUAUACAUAUUUUAUAUGUAUAUAUAGCUGAGUAUGCAUGCAUGGACACUUUGGUCUAUGUGUGCAUACUUGUCUGUGUUUUGUCAUCAUCAAUCAUGACAUAAAUUUCUUCUUCCUUUCAUUGAUGUCACAUCAUUUCCAUUCAUAGCUUUCAUCCAAGGGUCAUUCAACAGAGGAAUACCAUUUUGUUUUGUUUGUUUUGGAUGUGGAAUAGAGUGGAAGUCCAAAUUUGUUCAAAGAUGAAACCAAAACAAAAUCAAAUCUUAAACUUUAAAUUUUAAAAACUGUGUUCCAAACUGUGGAAUGUCCCAAAAAAUACUCCCAAAUAUGGCUCUUCAAAUCUCUCUACCUGUCUUUUUAAAAAUAUAUAUAUUAUAAUUUUUUGUGUGUUUUCACUUUUCUUUUCUUUAAAUGAUGAUUAUAAAGAUGAUAUAUGACCAGUUUGUUGAGAAAUAGAAUUAGCCAGCACAUAUUAAUGCUUUAUUCAGUGUUUUUUACAAUGUUAUUCAUAUUGUACUAUGAACAAAUUUCAACUUUUUUCUGUAAAUGUUUUAGUUUAAAUAAUAUCUGAGGAAGACGUGACUUAAUUUCAGGAUGCAACAGUAAACACGUCUUUCUUUACUCCCCACAGGUGUCCUUGAUAAGUCUGGUUGCAAACUCACUGGGGUAUUCAGACUUUGCUGCCAUCAAGUCCCUGAGGACUCUGCGAGCUUUGAGACCUCUUCGAGCUCUGUCCAGAUUUGAGGGCAUGAGAGUAAGAAGUAUUUCUACGCUGAUAUUUCCGUUGACUUGAAAACUCUUGAUAAAUCUCAAAGUAGAAAAUUAACAUCAACAAGGAGGUCAUGUUGUUCAGCAUUGUUCAUUCUUCUUGCUGACAGCUGGAUUAGCUUCUGUGUACUAAGGAUUGUUUUUAUGAGUGUAGUGUAAGUGACAAGGUCCAGAAUAGUGCCUGUGGACUGCCACUGUUUGAAGAUGGAAGUUUUAGCCAUGUUAACAAAGUAGCUUCAAGUAUAUUCGGGCUGAUAGUUAAUCAGUCCUCUCUGUCCAUUAUGAAACAUCUAAAAAGAUCUGCUAUGAAAUCGGAGAGAGAUUCAUGGUCCCCAUUAGAUGAAUCCUUCUGAUAUCUGAUGACCUGCCCGACUUUUCCUCUUAUCUCUGGAUUCACUCUUUUGUUUUUUGGUAAGACAAGUUUGGGUGGAUUUCCAUAUUUGGUUCAGAAUUUUAUGCCUGACCCUCAAACCACAUUUCUUUUGGAGCCACUUAAUCUUAUUUUUAUUUGUCUUUCUCCAACUUAAAUGACAACCAAAUACCUCAAUUGUACUUUAUGUUAAGCAAAUUAGCAACACUAGCUUGUGAUUAUGCAUUAAAGCUGCAAAUAUUAAAAUGUAGACUGUGCAUGUAUGAAAGCUCAUACAGACAUUUUGCUCCAAAUAUCAGCACUCCCACUUUAAUAGUAGCUGGACAAAACUGCAGACAUAGUUUUCGCAUUGUCUUGUAAAAUGUGAAAGCAGGAUCAUAGUCAAAGUUGUCUUAAAUCUGGUUAGAUGAAAUAAGUUUUCUUUAGUCUUGUAAAUACAGAUCAGCUUGAGUAUCAGAGUGAAGUCCCUCAGCUUUUUCAGUUAUUAGUUUUAUUCAUAAAAACAUGUAUGAGGAGGGCUGUGUCAUAUUUAUUAUCAGGAUUGAUCACUGUUUAGGCUCUGUGAAGCUCUCUUGAAUCUUUAUGAGUCAGGCCUCUCUGAGAUUACUCUGGAGUUAACGCAGAAUAGGGCACGUGGCUUUGGUGGCUUUGGUGGCUUGUUUUCCUUCGCUGAGAUCUGACCUAUACCUGUCUGCACCAUGUUGUUUAGUCUGGAUUCUGUGGCGGUUAACAUGAUUUUGAUCAGACUCAGGUUUGAAAGUUGCUUAAAGAGACUUAUGCAGCUUCAGUGGAAUCUUCUGCUCCCACCACACAUUAAACAGAGCUCAUUUAAACCGGCACCAGGACUGGGCCUGUGAUCUGAAACUGUGACUACAGACUGACCUGUAUCCUACCUGUGUCCUUUAGGUGGUUGUGAACGCUCUGAUCGGAGCCAUCCCCUCCAUCAUGAACGUGCUGCUCGUGUGUCUCAUCUUCUGGCUCAUCUUCAGCAUUAUGGGCGUCAAUCUGUUUGCUGGCAAGUUUGGGAAGUGUGUGAACAGAACAGGCUUCGUCCACAGCGUGUCUGUAAUCAACAACAAGUCAGAUUGUCUCAAUAUGAACGACACCCAGUUCUACUGGACCAAAGUGAAGGUCAACUUUGACAACGUGGGGCUGGGCUACCUCUCCCUGCUACAAGUAGUGAGUCUAUCAAAGCUGAACUUUUUGAAAGUGAAGUCAAAAAUUUUAAGUUUUAAAAUGUUUGUUUUUUAAAGGAAACUCAUACAUUCAAAGCUCAGGUGCUUAAUUUGUGUAAUGUUGUGUUGUAAUUGUAGGCGACAUUCAAAGGAUGGAUGGAGAUAAUGCAUGCAGCUGUGGACUCAAGAGGAGUAAGUAACUGUUUUUACUAACAGAUCCAACAUCAUAAACCUGAAGUAACCUGCUGAUGUUUCAAACCGUUUAAUUUCAGGUGGAGGAGCAACCCAUCAGAGAAAUCAACCUCUACAUGUACCUCUACUUUGUCGUCUUCAUCAUUUUUGGCUCCUUCUUCACCCUCAACCUCUUCAUUGGUGUCAUUAUUGACAACUUUAAUCAGCAGAAAAGAAAGAUAAGUCUUUAAAAAACAUUUCACAUCUGUGUGUGUGUGUUAUGUUAUUAUAUAUUAUGUGUGUUAAAUUGAACAGCCGCUCUUGAGGAUUUACAAAGAGUUAUUGAGAAGAAAAAUAGAAAAAUAUGGCGAACUGUGUUCAAACACUGAUAAAGUGUCAUCUGUUUCUGUUAAAAUAACGUAGAGUGUGUCUGCCCUCACUUAGGAGGACAGGACAUCUUCAUGACCGAAGAACAAAAGAAGUACUACAAUGCCAUGAAGAAGCUAGGAUCUAAAAAGCCUCAAAAGCCAAUCCCAAGGCCUGGGGUAAAAUAGAUUACUUUAAAUUGACUCACUUUCAGAUAGCCUUCCAACAAUCUUCUCAAUACUGACCUUACAAUAUGAUUUAAAAUGACUGACAUGCUGUUUGCACUCUCUUAUCUCAGAAUAUGCUCCAGGCCUUUUUCUUUGAUCUUGUGUCAAAGCAAGCUUUCGACAUCAUGAUCAUGAUGCUCAUCAUCGUCAACAUGGUGACCAUGAUGGUGGAAACUGAUGAGCAGUCAGAGCGCAUGGAGUCUAUCCUGAACAAAAUUAACCUGGUCUUCAUCGUGAUCUUCACCACUGAAUGCCUGAUCAAGAUUAUUGCCCUUCGAUGUUACUUCUUCACAGUUGCAUGGAAUAUCUUUGAUUUUGUGGUGAUUAUUCUCUCCAUCGUAGGUGAGUAGAUGUGCCGCCAAACACUAUCAUUUAUUUAAGCUGUCAAAGUGGUGAUGCUGUUCAAUAUAGCUGCUUUGCCUAUUGUUUAUCUGGGUGUAAAGACAGAUAAAAGAAACAAUUAAUUUCAAAGUUUUUGUCAAGGCUACUCAAUCACCUUAAUAUUUAAAGGCUCUGGGAGAGUUUCUAACUUUAAAAACAGACUAAAACAGCCUUUACAUGACCUUCAAAAGCAGAAAGUACCAUCAGCAACAAGGCUGAUCAUGUCUGAUGUAAUUUUCAAGCACGAAGCCGCUUUGAGUGGGUAGGUGUCAGACAAAAUGGUAGACAACAGGAUAAAGAAGCAGCCCGUUUUACCCCUUCCGCUGUAAAUACUCUCAGUUGAGUGGUAUGUUUUACUUUAAAGGACAAUAGGAUGAGAUUUUCUGUCUGCAAACAAAAAAGAGAGGUAUAAUUUUGUCCACAAGGGGCACCAAAACCGCAACAAACCAAAAGUUCCUCACAGCUGUUUUAAAACCAGUGAUGACUCCAUGUGAAAAGCGGUAUAGGAAUGAGGAAAAUCCCUCUGCCACUGAGUCAAUAAAUUCAUCUGUCAAGAGCCUCUCCCAGUCCAAUCACGCCUUUAUCAGACAGACUGUGACUGUGGCAGCCCCAGGGCCUGUCCUGCAGGGGUGUGCGCAGGCUUUUUUGACUGUGGCGGCACAGCUUGGGCACUGACAUAAGGAAAGGUUAUACAAUGUAGGUGAUAACUGGUACUCUUUUUCUAUCAGUUUUAACUGCAAUCAUUUUAGUAUCAGAUGUUAUUUCUUUAUGUGAAUAUAUUUUUUGACCUUAAAAAAGAAACGGUAUAGAGUGGCAACACAUUCAUCUUUCAUAUAGAGGCUGUAAUCUUUGCUUCAACAGUUUAUGGUCUGACUAUUUUGCUGGAGCCCUGCUCAAGACCAGUCAGUUGAGAAGGCACCAAAAGAACAAGAGCUACAGCAGGUGUUUUGACUCCCAGCCACGACCCUGUGACACCUGUCUCUCCUCCUGCCUUCUCCACACAUGAUCUUUUUCCAUUUAGCUGUCCUAUCCAUUAAAGGACAGGUUCAAAAAUAUUAAAACAAAAAAUAAAUGAAAGAGAGAGGGCUCAGGAACAAGGCAUUUCCCUCCCACUCUAUAAUCUACUAAUGGAAAGGUGUCUGAGCCUGUGGGCGGCUCACAGAGGUUACAUGCCACCUGCUGGUUUGAAGAUGAGCAAUGCCUCAAUGACAGAAAAUUUAUGGAAAAGAUCCCUGAUAAAGACUGCAGAACAGACAACUCUAUAGACCUUUCCUGUUGGUUUGGGCGCUCUGAGGUGAGGAGCAGCCAGGCCCAUUUCAAGACACUUUCAGUCAAGGGGCAGUUGGCCUUCAAUCUGCUGUCCGUCAUACACAGCCAGCCUGGGCUAGCUUUAGAGAGAAUGAUUUCUUUCACCAUCAAGAGCAGUCAGGAACUUCAUAGUUGGAGUUUCCCCAAACUCAGGACAUGUGCAGCCACAGGGUCAUAUCUAGUGGAUGGAUUGUUUCUGUUGAUUGGAAAGAAUGAAAAUGAAAACAGGUUUUUAUUUUUGUUUUAAUUAUUUUCAUCCUGUUUUUACUUCAAGCAACUUUUUUCACACUACAAGUGGUCAUCCACUGGUACUUAACAGGGCUGCCCUUCAUAGUUUAUUGCAGCUUUAAGUGUAUUUGAGUUCAACGAAUGACUCCCCGCUCUUUUACUGUCUCUCUUUUCAGGGAUUGUUCUUGCAGACAUCAUUGAGAAAUACUUUGUAUCUCCAACCCUGUUUCGAGUCAUCAGACUGGCAAGGAUAGGACGUGUACUUCGACUUAUACGUGCAGCCAAAGGAAUAAGGACUCUACUGUUUGCCUUAAUGAUGUCUAUGCCAGCUCUGUUCAACAUCGGCCUCCUUCUAUUCCUCGUCAUGUUCAUUUAUGCUAUAUUUGGUAUGGCGAACUUUGCCUACGUGAAAAAACAAGAUGGGAUCGAUGACAUGUUCAACUUUGAAACCUUUGGGAAUAGUAUGAUCUGUCUUUUUCAGAUCAGCACCUCUGCAGGUUGGGACAACCUACUGAGUCCUAUCAUGGCCAGCUCCCCAGAUGAGUGUGAUCUAUACUUUGUCAACACUGGCACCAACACUCGGGGGAACUGUGGCAGCCCCUCAGUGGGCAUAGCUUUCUUUGUCAGUUACAUAAUCAUCUCUUUCCUCAUUGUGGUAAAUAUGUACAUAGCAAUCAUUCUGGAGAACUUCAGCGUUGCCACAGAGGAGAGCACAGAGCCACUGAGCGAAGACGACUUUGAAAUGUUUUAUGAGGUUUGGGAAAAGUUUGACUCAGAGGCCACACAGUUUAUUGAGUUCCCAAUGCUGUCGAGCUUCGCUGACACUUUGUCGGAGCCUCUGCGAAUAGCUAAGCCCAACAUGGUGAAGCUGAUCUCCAUGGAUCUUCCCAUGGUGAGCGGGGAUCGGAUCCACUGCCUGGACAUCCUGUUUGCCUUCACAAAGCGAGUCUUGGGAGAGUCAGGUGAGAUGGAUGCACUCAAGCAGCAGAUGGAAGAGAAGUUCAUGAUGACCAACCCCUCCAAGGUUUCCCAUGAGCCUAUCACGUCCACACUGCGCCGCAAGGUGGAAGAGGUGUCCGCCAUCAUCAUCCAGAGGUGUUACAGGAGGCAUCUGGUGCGCCGGCAGAUGAAACAGGCUUCCUACCUCUACAGACAGAUCAACUGUGAGACUGUGGUGGAUGUGGAGAACGCUCCAGAGACAGAGGGCCUGAUCGCCUCUUUGUUACAGCACUAUGGACCUGUGGAGUCAGAGGCUGCAGAGACGACAGAGGACCCUCUAAUGUCCUCACCACCAUCUUAUGACAGUGUGACAAGGGCAGCCAGUGACCCGCCAGAGGUUUUCAGAUCGAUACCCAGAGACUCUAAACCUGCAGAGCCUGGUGAAAACUAUGAGGAAACAUUUCUCUGA